AGCUUCUCCUCUGCAUCCCACCUUUACAGUCCAAUGAUCGACGUUUCAUGAGAAGCACCUCAAGGUGGGGCUAAAUGGUCCUAUAUUCCCAAUCAUGUCGCGUAGGCGGAGUCUGACUCUCAUGCUCCUUGCUGUGUUGCUGCUACUUGCCUGCCCAGCCUGUACUGUACAUGACAAAAGCAAGGGGAUGGAGUGAGUGAGAUAAAUCCACACCUCUUAUUUCUCUCAGACACUUUUUUGUGGGAAGAGAGGUUUUGGAUCACUGCGCCAUAUUACAAGAACACGGGUCCUAGUUCUUGUUAGUAGUAAAGGAACUGGCAGCCUAUCUCUUUUUACGCACAACCUACUCCUGUGAAGGCAGCAGCAGCAGUUCAGAUCAAAUUUCACAUUCAGCUCCAACCAGCUGAGAGAGAGACAGCCAGAGAGAGCAGGAGGGCUCGUAUCUCCGCUUUCCACCACCGAUCCCCACUUCAGUUCGCCUGAAAAAGCUCCUACGAGGGAAAAACGGGUGCGCGGCGCAAACAUUAGAGCACCACCGGGAUUUUCCCCCUCCUUUUUUCUUUUUUAUGUAUUUUUGCAGGAUUUCAGCAGCGAGAGCGCCACACAGAAUAAGAUAGAGAGCAGCAGAGAUGGACGAGCAGCCGAGGUUGAUGCACUCUCACACGGGGGUAGGCAUGGCAGGGCACCCCGGCCUGCCGCAGCACAUGCAGGAAGGCACCGGAGGAACGGACGGUGACGGGAGAAAACAGGACAUUGGAGACAUUUUACAGCAAAUUAUGACCAUUACGGAUCAAAGUCUGGACGAAGCCCAAGCCAGGUAAAGACACCCCGAGCCUCACGGAGAGGAGGGGGCGGCGGCGGCGACUAUAAGAUAGAAAAAUAGAAAAAGAAGGGGAGAGAAUUUUUUCUCCCAAAUGUGUAUUUUUAUUUUUAUUUUUUUGGACAAAGCUGAGUUGUAAGAGGACAUAUAAGUGUAGAGGUCCUGCAUAGACAUGUGCAAAAGCCGAUAAAACAGUGGAAAACAACGAUGGCAUGCCUGCAGAGCAGUAGUUUUCUCCACACAGAAAUAACCGCGCUCCGUCAAGAGAAAAUAAAAGUGUAUACAUGUGGGGUUUAUUUCUGUGACAUGCCAGCGUGUUGUCCAUUUAGUAUCUAUUCAAGCUUUUUACACUUUACAUUUAGGCACUUUCAUUGGACCAAAAAUUAUCAAUUGAGUUCAAUUCUCCAAAUUUGAAAGAUAAUAACAGAGACUCACCAAAGUGUGUUCUAAAAGUGGCUCCUAGCUUGUUUACAGCGCGGUGAGCGACUGUAAGACAACUUUUCUGUUUUAUGUUUACUCCUGAUACAUUAUUCAAGACUUCAUCCAUCUUGUGGUAUCCACUUUAAAUUCACCCAAGCUGCAAAUCAGAGUCAAAUGUCGCGCCUGUGAUUUUAUUUUUGUAAAGUUUGUGAAUUAUUUGAGUCAUUGGAUAAAGAAUAAGACUGUGUAAUCCUAGUAGGUCAUCAAAGUAAAGCUAUGCGUCCAGGGAACAAUAAAUCUGUUGCACAUCACAGGUGUUAGCGGGGAUUGUAAUUCAGGGCUAUUUGUAAACCUAUUGCAGAAUUGAUAAAGAACAAAUAAAGACAGAAAUGUAGGCUCAUAGUUAAAAAAAUUAGACAGGGUUUAAUAUUUUUGAGGUACUUUUAUUUUUGUUUUUAAUUUCCCAAUAUGAUCAGUGAAGUCCUACUUAAUCUAAUCUAAUAAAAUCUGAUCUUUCUGUUGCAGGAAACACGCUCUGAACUGUCACAGAAUGAAGCCAGCUCUCUUCAAUGUCUUGUGUGAAAUCAAAGAAAAAACAGGUAUGUCCAUUUUCAUUCUGCACUCAAUUGACUCAGCCCAAACACCACACAGUUUAAAUCCUCAUCAAGUCUGCGAGACACACACUCUUAACCAGGUUAAGUGAACACAGCACUGCACAGUGUAUUUUUCACUUCUGCUUCUUGUUCCAAAAAAAAAAAAAAAAAAUCCACACACACACAAAGAGCCUCUGUUUGGACUAUUUUAUCAUCAAAGGCUAAUUUGCUAUUCACACGCUAAAGUCACAUUGGAGAACCUGAUGUUGGAGAUUCAGUCACAACACAAUUCAGCAUAUAAAUUUCACUGACAUGUAAGACAUGUGUUUCCUCCUGGAGCGUUUUAACUCUUUCACAAAAGGAACUGUGGACAAUUACCUUGAGCACUCCUUAUCAAUUAUCGUGUCAAAAUAUGAAUGAGCUUUUUUGAUGCUAUUGUGGAAUAAUAGAGAGUUUGGAGCUAAAAUUGUCACAAGCAUGUUGACGUCUCCCCUUGUGAGUUAACUGUCAAGCGUCGUGAAUACGUCUCUUUCUAUUCUGUAUUGUGUCUCUCUAUUAAAGCGGUUGUGAGAAAGCAUGUCAGCAGAAUAAUUGCUAGGAGAGAAAAUAACGUAACACAGGAGGCGUAAGUCAUGUUUCCAAAUCAUUUUCCCUGUGACAUCUCUGAAAUUGGCACAGAUAGAAUUCAGUGCUCUUCAGACUGAUAGCGUGCAUCUCAUCUUUUUUUUUUAUCUCCCUGACUUUAGACUGAUGUGCUUCUUCAGGACUCCUCCAAACAUACACAGUAAAGAUAUUGAGUUGCCAAAGCAGCAGUGAGAGGCAGCGCUUCACACUCAUUAAUGCAUGAAUUUAAAUGGAAGGAUGGAGGACGAAGGAGAUUUGGUUUUCAUUGUCCUCAAAGUUGCACUUGCUCAUACUUGACCUUUGUGGCAGUGUCGACUGGAGUGUGUUGAUGUUGUUUCUCGUGUGUGAUCCCACCCUCGCCCGCUGCUUUCAUAGAUGUUUUCAUUGAAGUUCACCUUGCUGCCUUCCCAGCAGCCCCGGCAGUUUAUCUUGAAUCGGCCGCAGACUCAGGAGGGAGCAGGGGGCCUUUUGAAGCCUGCUGGCUCCCUCUGCUUUUUUUGUUGUCUUGGUAGGUUUUUUUGGAGGCGGGGGGUGGUGGUGGUGGUGGUGACACAGUUAUGCAUAGUGUUUUACUCCCUGGCGCUUCUCGGAGUUCAUCCAAAGUUCGGCUCUGCUGAGAGUACAAAGUAACUUGGACCUCUUCCUGUCUGCACACCCAUUCUUCUCUCUUUCAGCUGGCAACCUAUAAAUACAAGGUGCUGCUCAGCGAGGUUUACACAGGAGAUCUGCUGCUUGUCUUGUUUGGAGAAGGUUUAGUUUCCCCGUUAAGCUGUGGUUGUCAGUAAAAACACCUCAAUUUAGCACCGAUCAAAAUGUCGUCUAAUUUCUUAAGAGGCAGUUUAUUCAGACCAACAACACAGACAUUUUAGAGUGCAGUUUGUGUAUUUUCCACUUGUUGCCAUGCUUGAUAAAAAAUCAUCUUCAGUGUUCCUGCAGAUCCUUAAAAGAGUUUUAAAAGUUUGUAAAUAGUUUUUGAAAAUGUGAGUGAAUUAAAAUCUCAAAUUUAUUAUAUUUGCCUGUGAGAGUUCAAAAAUCUCGAAGGGGCUAAAUAGUGUAUAAAAUCUACACUCACUUUACAAUGUGGAUGACAUUUGAAAAUCUUUCUGGUGGAUUUGCUUGUUCUCCUGACUUGCUCUGCUGUCUGAAAACUGUAUUAGUUUUUCCUCUUUUUGGAUCCUAAAACUAUCUUAAAUAGUCUUAGAUUAAUUUUAAAAAGGGUGUAGCAACCCUGAUUCUAGCUGAGGAUAGAAAUGCUCCCACCUCCAUCUCAACACUUUCACAGCUCUGUCAGUUCAAGUGCAAAUAAACAUGAAGUGUCAGAAAGUUUUGAAAGAAGAUUUUGUUUCAAAGACUGUCCAAAAACCUAAUUUUACUCACUCAAAAACAAAAUGUCAGAAUUCAAAUAUUUACUCUUAUUUCAUAAAAUCCACAUAUCAAACAUUUAAAAAUUGGCUUUUCAAGGAAUUACUCAUGUUUAAAAAAAAAAUCUCUGCUGAUGAAGUGUUUUGAUAUGUUCUGCCACUGUUGAUACUCUCGUUGUAUAACUCUCUCGGUAUUGCUUGGCUUAUUAUACUUUCUGUACUGAAUUAAAACCAGUAGAAAGAAAGCUACAAUAUCUAGAAAUAUGCUACAUGAUUGGUUCUUUCCUGCAGAUUGUUUACUAGAAAAUUUCACAAUGCUCUGAAAAUGGCAGAGUGGAAAUAUUGGUAUAUUUUCUUUUACUUUUUAAAGUGUGUUUUAGUUACUUGGUUAUUUUUGGUUGCGUUCUUUUAAAAAAUAGUUGACGUCAGUGCAAAGCUGAAUAAUUUGCUCUUUUAGAUAGAUAGAAAUAUAUAUACCUUAUUGAUCCCAAACUAGGAAAUUCUCAUGUUACAGCAGCAAAAAAAUGCAAAAUAAAAUUAAACAUAAGAAGAAGUAUGUACAAUGCAGACUAAAAUUACUAACAAAAGUCGGUGUAUCCAGUAGUUAGAAACUAACUGGUGAAGACACACAUGUGUCAGGACAGAAAUGAAAGAGAACAAGAUAGAAAAAGUAUAAAACAUGGGAGCUGCUGUAACAGGCUGCCACCUCGCACGGCGCCACACUCAGAAUCUUUGAUUUUCAGUGUUGCAUUGUAUGUUGUUCUAACAUCGGUGUUGUGUUAGCGACAAAGUCAGUGUUUUAAAAUAUAUGCCCAUGUUAUAAUAGAGCUUAGACCAAAGUUUGAACAUUAAAGUAGAACUGAUACGGCUUUAUUUAAAUAGUUUACAACUUAUUACUGCUUUGAACAUCCUGCUGGAUACAAGCUUCAGUUUUUCUUGACAUUUAGUUGAAUUAUUUCAGUAUUUUAAAAAUGGAACUGCUGUUCCUGCGCUCUCUUUUUGUAGUAGUCACCGUAUGUUCCAUUUCCACCUCUAAAUAUUUCAGACUGAGUGUAGGCAGAGUGUCCGACUCAAACAGCUUCAGCUCCUUGGAAAGCUGCAGUGGAGCUGCUGUAACUUUGUCCCCUCUGAAUGCACAGUCAGUGUGUGUGUGUGUGUGUGUGUGUGUGUGUGUGUGUGUGUGUGUGUGUGUGUGUGUGUGUGUGUGUGUGUGCGUGCGUGAGUGCGUGCGUGCGUGCGUGCGUGCGUGCGUGUGCACUGAGCUGCUGUUUGCUUGUGUGUAUAUUUUCCAUCCCCGGCUGUCCCCGCGGAGGCUGACAGCACCUGCAGGACACAAUGCCACUGUUGAUCUAGGGCCUGAACUCCUGACCCACUCUGUGUAUUUUUACUGGGAUGAAGUGAGGGAUGGCCAACAGGAAUAAUGUGCAGUAUAAACAAUCACAACGGUGCAGCGACACCCGGGAGGAAAGGAUGAGGAAGGAACAUUCAUUUUAAACUUUUUUUUUCCUCUUAUUUUGAAAGACAUGGGCUUCGUCUUUUCCCUGUUUCAUUCCAAGCAUAUUUGGGUUGUCUUUUUUUUACUUCAAAGGAAAUGCCGCUUUUUAGACCCUGUGCAUGAGUCUGUCUGUGUGUGUUUGUGUGUAUGUGUGUUACAGUUCAUUCCUGAGGUGAGUUGAAGCAUUAGAUUUAGAAAGCAUAUUAAUUAUUUUAUUAUAUGUGUCCAAAAUGUGGAACAAAGCCAAAAACAGCCAGUUUUUGUCUGUUUAAGCGUUCGUCCUAGCAACGGCAGGGUGCUCAAAGGUUCUUGCAGAGACUUUCCAAAAAUAAAUCCAAACAAUCUGACUCCUCUCUCAUUGGCCCAUGAAACUUUAUCCUUGCACUAACUGAGUUAAAGGAGUGUAAAGAUAGAGAUAGUACAAAUAUGAAACAACUUCAUCCAAGUUUUAGCCCUCUGUUUGCAAUCUGUGCAAAACUCCCCAUAUUUUAAAGGUGGACUGUUUCUUCUCGGUCUUCGGCGUCAGGUUUUUUUUUUAUGAUUGAUGAAAAGACCUCUUUAGAUAAGCAAAUGCUUGACAAACUGAUUUAGAAAAUGAGCUGCCUCGACCUCUGUAAACACUUCACCUACAUCAUAAAUCUCCAGCAGUGUCAAACAAAACCACUCCUUGACUGAGCUGCUCACUAAAUGUGCUGCUCUGACUUGCUGUUUAAUUUUUUUCCUUUCAACCUCAACAAAAGGCCAGCUUUCUUGUGGCCCGUGUUUGUGUAGUGUUGGGUUUCAAGCCUUGGGGAUCCUCCAUUUAUAAAAAUGACUAGCCGAGUGAUGUAAUGUUAUUUUUUGAAGGGUGAAAAUAGGGUGUUUUACAGAGGGCAGCCGAGGAGUGUUUGACAGGAUGAAAUGAGCCAGAGGUCUGAUUAUGGAAGGUGCAUGGAAGCAGCUCACACUACAUUGACUUGUCAGCCCAUUCAGAGUCUUGGCAUCUGCCUAUUUGUAUUACAGAGGCUGAAGUCGGAUCAGCUCUCAUGUCAGUCUGAACACUUGAAGCAGCAUUCAUGGUGAUCAGGAACAAUUUCAAAAAUACCACAAAACAAUUACAAGUUUAAUUCAUGAAUCUUUUUACAGAAAGAGAUCUGCCAGUAAAUUUAAAAAGCUGUGAAUUGGAGUCAUUCAUCAUUUGUUUUUAGACAUUUGUAGAAGUAGGCUUGAAAUUGAAACUCACUUUAACCUUCAAAGCUUCAGUGGAAACUCACUUUCUUUAUACUGAAGCCUAAUGUAGCUUCAUAAAUUAAUUGAUAAACUGUCCAAACUUUUUUAUUGUCACCGUACUCUGAUGUCAAAUUAAGAUCAGCUGCAAAUACUUGCGUAUUAGAAAUACAGUGGUUAUUUUCCUCUAAAAAUGAAUUUUCAUAGAAAAAAUAUGACUUGCUAUUUGAACUAAAAAGAAAAAUCUGUGUCCUCCUGGCUGCUUGAAAUUUUGAAGUUAAGUGAAGUUCAAAUUUAUUUUAUAUUCAGACAAACAUCCCCUGUCAGAUUGACUCACUUUGACUUAACUUGCACAAUUGAGCUAUUUUGUCAACACAGCAUUUCCAUUCGUUCAUGGCCAAACUGGGAUGUGAACCAGAAACCUUACAGUCAUAAGGCGACAGCAGCAUUCACCGUUUUUAUUUACUCUGUAUAAAAACGUCCCAAAUUUAUUAUGAGAUACAUCCUUUCGAUUUAAACUCUUAAUUUAAUACAGGGAAAUUUGACAUCAAUUGAGAUGGUUAAGCACCAAAUAUUUUGGCAACACUUCCGCCAACUUUAAGUUUUAGAAUGUAAGUGACGAUGAUGAAUUGAUUUUACGGUAAAAUCUUUUUUUUUAAACUCCUUAUAAAACCUUACUGUAGAUCACCAGCUUCAUUUAUAGGCUACUUGCUGUUGCAGUAAAACUUACAGAUAACACCUGUGACUGUGGCAGCAGAGACGCUGUGUCGGAGGGAAAUUUAAUUCGGUCCCAGGACUGACAGGGGGCCUGGAAAAUAAAUAGAUUUGUCGUGAAGAGAUGGGAUCCACCACUUGAUGUUUUUUCAUGGUGCCCAAAAUUCCUGUAGGUGAUUUUGAAUGACGGUCAAAAAUAAUAAGCAAGUUAUUUAAUUUUUUUUUUAUUUUUUUUUUGCGGGGAUAGCUCACAAAUGAAGGUAUUUAUACUCAUGUUGGAAGAAAUCUUUUUUACAUCCACAAUGAAUAAAACACAGCAUGCUUAUGGAAUUAUGGCUCAUUAUCUGCCAUUAAAAAGUAAGAUUCAGCUACAGCCUGAUAAACUGAUCGAGUAAUUACACAUCAAGAAUACUCACAAUGGAUUGUAUCACAUUUAUCACUUUUGAUUUUGGAGUAUUUAAUGAUACAUUUUGAAUGGUUUUGUCUUUAGUUCUCAGAUUUAGAGUCAAAAAGCCAAAGACGAUUUUUUUAAAUUUUCUGAAAGAAUAGUAGUGUUCAGUAGCAGUCCUGAUACGAUGUUAACACCAAUCAGAUUUUCCGGUAAAAUCCUCAGUAAUGCUUUGUGUACAUGUGAGGUGACGUUCAGGUCUACUGUAUUGGCGAAUGUCAUGUGUCACUCUGCUGUUCCUCUCUUGCUGUCUCUGGUCGGCCUCAGAGAAGACUCUGAUUUGUGCAGCAGCUUUUGUUUCCCUCCUAUCCUUCGUCCUCCAUGCUGAUACAGCAGCAUUCAGGGGGAGAGAGAAAUGCCAAGCUCGCCACCACAGCUGUUUCCCCAAUCUCUCUGCUUAAUCAUCCACUGGAGAGAGAGAGAGAGGGAUGGAGAGAAAGAGAGAGAGGAUAAAUUCUGCUCUGAGACUCGAAACAACUGGGGGGAAAAAUGGUGUUUUGAUUAAGCGGCAUCAGACGUGCCGAGUUUUUCCUGUGUUUGAUGCAGAAACAUGAUUACAGAAUCAUCUGUGAGUGACGGCGUUGUAAAUGGUCUGUUAAUACCAUUACAGUAUAGAACAAUGUGCUUACAUUAUACAUUAUGCAAAUUGUCAGUGGCCUAAUUGAUACAUGUUAAUCAUAUUAAAGAGCUUAAUUAUAAGAAUCUUACUGUGCUGCCAUUUGUUAAUUAACACUGACAUCACACGAAGGAGGAAGUGAUCUAUUUUUAUCAAGAAGUUUCUCUCCCAUGGUAAAGUCUCAUCCCUGCAAAAAAAGAAGCAGGAUUAUCUGUUUUUUGCGUUUCGAGCUGAUGUGUUUUUUUCUGAAUUUCUUGAACUGAUGCAUGCUUUUUUUCCUUCUCUCUGAAGCCCACUGGAUGCAUUUUGUAGUAAAAUUACAUUAAGCUCCGAGCAGCCCUGCAAGUGUGGAGAUUACAGACUGAAGGCGAGAUCCAAGCUGACUUGUUAAAGAGCGUAAGGCUCCAUCUUCUACCUGAAUGUCGACUCCUGCGCCCCACGCUCUGCCUAAAUAUCACUGUUCUGCCAUUUACCUCCUUCACGGCUCUCUUUGCAAUCUCACUCCCUGCAGGUUUGGUCUGCCUUUUUUUGCACCGGCCUCCUUAAUAUGUUACGAAUUUAAUCAAGUCUGCAAAUUUGUUAUGCACGUUAAAUUGAACAUGCAAUGGCACAGUUGAAUGUGGUUGCCAUACCAACCCCCCAGGAGUUCAUUUUCCAUAAUGUAGUGUUUGGAAUCUCAUUUCCUCCUCACUUUCCCCCGCUGCUACUUGCAGACGCCACCUCCAGGCUCAACUGUAUGUUCACUAUGAAAGAAGCUUGGCUGCCAUGGCUUUCAAACACUGGAGGGAGGGAGAAAGAAAGGAGAGAGGGAGAGAGAGAGAGGCCUCUCUCCACGUAGUGGAAAUGACACAAAUUAAUAUACACUACUUAAACCAGACCAAGAUUAAUGGUUCCCUUUCGCUGCAGCUUAGUCCCACUGUCAGUUGCCGGGUGCUCGUUGGACAAAAUCAACACUAAUCAACAUUUAUUCCACUUUUGCCCUGGGCUCUCAGGAGUCUGGCAGGACUGCGUGCCCCCCCUCUCCCUUCCCUCCCAGCAAUCCACCCCUCCCUUCGUCCGUCUCGCUACGCUUUUCACCUCUCAUCCAGCUCCUCCAUACAUCACCCUCCUCACACCGCGCAGCUCCUCUGAGAAGAGUGCGCCCCCUCCUAUCAGGCCACAUUAGAGUCAUGAUAGAUUUUCUCUUUUCAUUUGCAUCUGAUAUUUAACACAGCAAAGCAGUUGCUCUGUCACUUUACAGUACAAGUGUGAGUGUGUGAGAAUGUGUGUGUGUAUGUAUACAUUUGUGUCUGCAGGCUUUUGUUUGUGUAUUUUCAGAGCAGUCCUUUUAUUCAGUAGUCCUAUCUGCACUCCGUCUCCCCUGCAUUAGGAGAAACAGGAUAUGCAUGUAUGUCAUGUUGUAUAUUCAUGCAAUGCUUCAUUUUUUGAGAGCUUGCGUUUAAAAAUACCUACAGCUGCUGUAGUCUGACCGCUGCUCUGAGACAAAGUUAUCAGGAGUCUUCUUCUGCAGAGUGAAAUUCUCAGUCACACCAAUAACAUGAAUAUUUCUGUGACCCACGAUGCAGAUAUCCACAGAUCCACUGACUCUUUCUGCCUCACAAAGCAACAUUAAGUGUCCUGUGAAGGCUCAUAAUUGGCCAAGCUAAUGCAGGUCCCAAUUCCACUGCCGCUACUCAUCUCAUUGUCAUUCCACCAGCUCAAUAAAAACAUGCUAAGAGGGACGCUUAUUGAGAAAUAUGCCUGCAAUUAAAGCCUGUGUAUAUCUGUAGCUUUUAAUGCACAGUAAAUGAAGAUCACACAGUUGUGCAGAAAGUAAGGACUGCCUCACUGAGUCAAAUCUGCUACCGUUACUGUUUAAAAAAUACUGGGAGUGUCCGACCGAUCAUGAGCAGGAAAUGAAGUCAAUAACACCACACUUGAGUAUUGCAGUAUUACUUUUUGGUACUGUAGGGGUUUUAAUCAGUGUAAUGUAAAAUUAAAAAAAUGCUUUUCAGUGGUGCAUGCAUGUGAAGUUGCAAUUGUGCUGUGCAGAAUAUUGGAGGGACAUGAAUACUUACAAAUGCAGUAUCCACUGUUCAGAAUACCUCAGAUAAGGUGAGCUAAAAUCUCAGAUAUAAUGCAAACAGUGAGUUUGUUGAUACUGUGACAGUUUCCUUAAAAUCAUUUUAGAGAGAAAUCACACAAAGUUGGCCAUUGUAGUUUUGCAAUACAUGCACCUCUGAAUCACAAUAUGUGUUGAAUUGUUCGACGAUAUGUUAUGGAUAUUUAUGGUGUCUAUCUUAACUUGGGCUGUCAUGGAAUCACAUUUUUACAUCAUGACUCUUGUGGAUGAUUGUCGCCAAAAAAAUGAAGGUGAUGUUAUAAUCACUGUAAGGGGAACUUAAAAAGCCAGAUGAAGUAGAUGUAAGAUAAGGCUGGAGCAACACAAGACGUUAUAAAAACUGCACUUACAAAUGCAACUAAUGUACUUGUGUCAUCAUCUCUCUGUAAUGAUGCCCAAACUAAUGUUUUGUCCCAUUUCCAGUCCUGUGACAGAGACUUCCCAUCAAAUGAAAGCUCACCAUCUCCUCCCAGUUUCAUAUUACCGACCAACAGUGUCUUUUUUUACAAACCUAAAAAACAAACAAAAAAGAAAAAAGAACUUUUGUCUGGGUGCAGAUGAAGUAUUUUAUCUGUCAACUCCGACACUGCAGGAAAGGCUAGUGUAAGUAACCUAGUUCAUGUUGACUCUGGGAAAAGAUGUUACCCUUUUAAGCAGUUUUUAUAUAAUAAUGUUUAUUAUUUAGCUUUUUAUAAUGCUUAUUUCAACUUUUUUUUUACUGUCUCGCAUUUAUGGUGCUUUAUUCCCUGUAACUUCAAAACAUGCUUUUAUUUUGAAAAAAACUUCAAUGAUCCUUCUAACAUCAGUUCUAAAGUGCCUGACCAUCCUGGGAAGGGUUGCUACAGCUAGCUUGUUAGCUGGUUACACCGCUGCUGCUGCUGCUUCUUCUUUUUCAUUUUCAUCCUCCCCUUGUUUAAAGGCAGGUAGUGAAGACACACAACUAUUAACUAAUUAGUUAAUUAGUUAAUAUGCUUGAUAUACCGUUUAUUUUAAGAGCAGCCGUAGUUAUUGUCAAUACCAGCACAUUGCAUUAGCCCUGAAUCAGAUCCAGUUUCCUAUUAUAUCCCCAUCUCUUGUGAGGUAAUAAUACUUAGUAGACAACAAUAACUGCCUUUGGCUCAAAAAUGAUAAUUUUUCUUCAUUUUCUUUCUUUCUUUGAUUGAAACAUGUUCCUUCCAAUUUCAUCCAUCAUCGUAAUCUGUCACCAAAAUUUUUAUUUUUAGAAACAGUUUUCUUAAAAAUUUUCUGAUAAUGAUUCAUCUGACAGGAUGCUGUUCUGACAAGACUGUCACUGUGUUUUUUAAGUUUUGAGGACUGUUCAGAUGAGGUGCAAAUAAUGAGUUUAAAAUCCAAAACAAGUCAUUUAAAGUCAGUAUACAGAGUAUUUAAAUGCCAACGGUCAGGCCUUGUUACAAUUCAUAUAAUGAUAAUUAUAUAAAAGGAACAAGAUUAUUUAAAGCUGUAAAAGUAUUUAAUCAAAUCUAAAACCAACCAGCCCACUGCUGUUCACUUUGCUAACAUGCAGUUUAACUUUCACACCUAGCCAGUAGAGGUAAAAGGAGGAAGGUUAUCAUCUACUCCACACCACUCUGUCUUUGAUAUGCACCAGUUUACAGUUGCAGAAGUCCACUGAAAUGAUGCCAUUAAUUCAACAAUCUCAAUUCCACAUGAAUCCAUUUGAAUGUUUGUGUCCCUCAUUUUCACAGUGAAUUAACCGUUUACUUUUGCUAAUCAUCAGUUAUAACUUGCAUACUUCCAGAUUUUCUUCAUCUAGCUAUUGUCUGACCCACUUGUUACUAUUUUGGGAGCUAGAUGUGCUGGAUCAAUUCCCAGCAUGGAUUGGGCAGAAGCCAGGGAAACACCCGAACUGGUGAGCAGUCUGUCACAUCAGCUCAGAUUUUAUUCCUGUCCUGUAAUCUGAGGUGGGAUCCCUUCUUGGAUAUAGAGUUUGCAUGUUUGCUUUGUUCCUCUCUGAAGAUCAAAAUGUGCAAACAACUGAUGCCUCUUUCUCCUGCUUUGCCAAAAUAUUCAGCGCUAUGUUGUCCAUCUCGUAGCUUUGCAUGGCCAGAGGCGUUGUCACAGCACCAACUGGCCUCGCUGAAGUGACACCCGGUGCUUUGUCAGCUUUGUGUCUCAGGUGCCAACCUGCGUGUCCCAAAAUAAACUGUCAUGCAAUGUGGCAGCACAGAAAAAUGUAGGAGCAUGUUGUGGGGCCAUGUGCCCCCCUCUGAAAGGAAACAAAUGUUCCAUAGCAGAAAUGCAUUGUGGUUUUGGAUGCCUUCCCAGCUCCGACACCAGCAUCAUGGUGGGGAACUUAAAGCACAAAGUGUGAUUGUCUGCAGUAGCGGCAGGGGUCACAGCAAGUGGGAUCACCAAACUUAGAGUUUCUUUGCAUUGGUGGAGCCUUUUAUUCAUUUUGUAGUGAUUUUUAUUCACUCUGGACCUGUGUGAUUUUGACAGCUCUUUGUUAUUUGCAGACAUCCUCCUCCAGAAAUAGCUUAUGUUUACUGUAGUUAGCUCCUCUUCCUGUUUUAUAAAUGGUCUGUCAUUUUCGCUCUGCGGUGCAACAUUACACCAGCAGAGUAAACGGAGGAUGUGCUCUUGGUUGAAGUCACUUUCAGGCUGAUGUCAGGAAGUUGGAAAGGAUGAGCAUGUGGAAAGUCACACGCAGAGACUCCUUACCGACCUCCAAGCUGUAACCACUGGCCGUAUAUAUAUCUGCCCUGCUGGCUUUGGCACGGGGCGUGUGAUUCCUGUUAGAUCUCAGCAUGGCCUAUGUGCUCUAUAGCUGCCAUGACAUUUUUAUGACUAGUGGACUGAGGUAAAGGUGGGAGGCACAAAGGCUUGAAAUGGAAGUUCAGUCCUCACCUCCAGAAGCUAAUGAGGGACCAGGACCUAAUCAUGCAGACAAAGGGAAGGAUUCUGUAGCCGGACAGCGAUAGAGGUCAUAAAGAUGUUGCACUAAACGGGGACUGCUCAUGACUGCGCUGGGAUUUGACCUGUUACAACUGAUUUAAAUCAAUUAUUCGGGGAGAGGCUGCUUCAUCCCAGCAGGAGUGUGACAAUUUUAAGUUCAGUCCUCCUACUAACUAACAACAUUGUCAUUUCACUAAAAAAGGUUUUGACUGUCCAGGUGGUAAGAUGAUAAAAGUACUGGUAAAACUGAUGUAGUUUACUUAUAUUUCACCAAUAACUAGUGUCAGAUUUGUCAGUAAUAUUUCAUAAGUCAGUGCAAAAUCCGCCAUUUAAUAGCUGGGAGUGAAAAUCAAGAUCUUAGAUUAGGACUAAUAGAUUUGAUUAUUGAUAAUCAGAAUGAUUAUCAUCAGCUUUAUUUCUCUAAUCCAGCUGGCCGUCCCGCAGUGGUUACUGGCUGAUAAAUACGCCAUGCUCCUGUGUCUCUUGUAAAGAGAUGGUGUUGAUAAGUUAAUAUUCUGACAACAGAGAUGAGAUAAAGAGGUUUUAGGAGUUUGGAGGAUAGCGUAACCUUGAUAAAGCGCUCGUCUCAGUGACAUUGAUUUUCACCAUCCAUCUUCAUCUCAUAUGAAGUAUGCAAAUGGUGGCAUCGGCAGGGAGUGGAGUACAGUGCUGUUAAAUGGGCCAUUUCAAAUGUUCUUUGUACUAUGCUGACUUCCAAAAAACUCCUUGUCAGCCAGCUCGGCACACGGAGCUGGAGCCGUUUUGGAGACACUUCUCCUCUUUUUAUUCCCCAUCUUCUUCCAUCUCUCCCACUUCUAACCACCUUCUCCCCUCCCUUUUUUCUUGCCAUCCUCUCUCCUUGCAUGCCAUACAAAUUAGGUAUACACUGACAGUGUCAGAACGGCUUCUCAUGAAAUAUUAACAGCGUGUAGAGGAUUUUACAUCGCUACAUUUCUCUUCAUUUUUAACUAUGUCAGCACAGGCUGUGGAACAUUUAUUGGUGUGAGUUCAGGAAGGCUAUUACCCUGCCUUUUUUUCAUGUUAAAGAUGAUAUCCAUCAAGCCUUUUUACACAUGCACGUGGUCUGUCUCACCUCAAAUAUCCUUCCUUUGAAAAUAAAAGCACAACAAUUCACCCUGGAUACAAGAUCCUGGAUGUAAUGAGGUGUUUAUUGCCCCAUGAAGCUUCUAAUUAUCUCUUUAUGAGUAAGAUAAGACCAAAUACUUUACAUUAAACAACAUAUGGAUGCUGUUAAAAUCCCUGCAUGGUAGGUAAAACCUGAGCUGACAGUGAUAAACCAUGAGUCCAAUUAGAAAGUGUGGAUCUGAGAAGCGCCAUUUCUCCUCAUUUCUCUCUGAAGGUGGUUUAUUUUCCCUUUUCUUCUUUUUUUUUUAAUCUCAUUGAUUCAUCACUGGUCUCCAAACACAUUUAGCCUGGGUGGGUGGGGAUGGCCUCUCUCCCUCUCUGCCUUUUUGUUGGAUAGCCCCUGUAAAGAUGGAGCUGUCAAUCAUCUGCAGGCUCUCCUGGGUCCUGAGAGGCAGCAUCAGCUCUCAGAGAGGGACAGGAACAAUGAGUUUUGUUGUCACACAUGUGCAUUUCUAUGGAGCAGUCUGUGGACAGUGUGUCGCCCUCUAAUUAAAUUCAUGCAUUUCUUGUGAAAGGAGCUAAGGGGAUGCACGCAGAUGGUUGUCCACACAAUUGAAUUGAUUCAAUUCUGAUUGAAUAAAUAACAUUUAGAUCUUGUGAUUUUUACUAAAAUGACUUCAUUCAAAGGAAAAAUUAAAGUUAUUAAAUUUCAGACACAUUUUACCCUUUUUUUUGUUAUGAUACCAUCUUGCACCAAGUAAAGUAACCCCUGCAAACUGAAAAUAAUCUGAAAAGUCUGACAGUCACUUUGUCUGGUAAUAAACUGGAAUGAUGUGUCACAAUGGGGCAGAUUCUGGGUGUUAGAUACUAUAAAAUACUAUUUUAUAACAUAGUAUCGUGAUACUGAGUCUGGUGAUACAUCUUAUUGUCUCUUACACCAAGUAUUGAUUUUUUCAAAUUAAUCGCUGACAUGAACUCUAGCCUAUGGAAAUGGAAAAAUAAAAUCAACUGUUUGUCUGAUGAGGUUGUCAGAGGUGACAUCAUAGAGCAGAAGAAAGUUAGUACAACAGAUAUAGCAGCACCUGGGAAAAGACAUUAGGAAUGCAAGCAAGGCACACAUGAGAUGGACCUGACACAUGAGGUUUGCAAGAAGUGCUACAUGAAUAUAAACAUUGCAUCAAGAAGACAAACAAGGGAAAAACAAAUGCUAAAUCACCAAAGUAGUUAAAAAAAUUGUAUAAAUUGCAAUAUACGGUAUUGCAAUACGAACUGUAUUGCAAAAUGUUUAAAAUCGCAAUAAAAUCGAAUCGUGGCCUAAGUAUCAUGUAGUAUUGUAUCGUGGGGACACUAGUGAUUCCCACUCCUCUCUCUCUCUCUCUCUCUCUCUCUCUCUCUCUCUCUCUAUGUAUAUAUAUAUAUAUAUAUAUAUAUAUAUAUAUAUAUAUAUAUAUAUAUAUAUAUAUACAUAUAUAUAUAUAUAGAUAGGUACAGUAUACACAUUGUUCUUAUUUCACAAAAUGAUUACAGAAUAGACAUUUAACACCUGACUGGAACUUUAAAACUUGAUUUUUCUGUUAUUUAAGAUGAUGUUAAUGUUGCUUUACAACAGCUACUCAGACAAGAUAGCCUGCAGUCUCUUCAGACAUUUGUACAUUUUUUGAGCCCAUUGAGCCCAUCUAUUGGCCAAUGUGUAAUAUUUCAAAAUGCCUUUAAUGGCCAUUUUAUGUUAGGCAGCAUAUGUAAAAAAAAAAAAACCCUCUGCUUCAAUUUGUGGUCUUACCCCGAUUCUUAUGGUACCCUUGUUACCUCACUGUGAAGCACAGGAAAAUGGAUCUGCUGAAAUCUAAUAUUAGUCAGUCUAGCCUCAUCACUGACAGUUGAGUGCAUCAGUCCCGGGUUUGAUUGGUUAAUGAAGUGUUGGAUUGAAUCAAACUGGUGGUUGAUUGGUAAUUCCUGCCAAGAGGCUAGUUUUUUCACUGGCCUUAUAACCCUGCAUCUCUUUGCAAGCAUUUUUGCACAAAUAUAAACUUUGAGCAGUGGCGGCCGGUAUAGUUGUGCAUUAGCGUUAGGGGCGCUACAGGCCAGCCAAGCUUUCUGCUGUCUCACACAUGCUCAGAUCAAAGUUCCACAUUAAAAAGUUAGCUUAUCCUAGCCACAUAAAAAAAAAUCUUUAAGGGGCACCAGGGACCAGUGCCCAAGAAUCCCUUAUUUGAAUGACGUAAGCACGUUCAUAACCAGAUUGGUCACAAACGGACACAUAGCUACAAUGUGCGUCUGACAUAGCUAGCUGCUCUACUCAGAGCCGGUCCGCCCCUCACUCUGCACUUGGCUGCUAAUGACAGAGGACGUGGGAAUGACUACCGCAAACCCCCUACCGAGUCUUUUACAGGAGAACACUGCGCUGUCCAUCAAGUAGGUCCUGUUUGGGAGGAGAACUCUGCAGGACUAACUAAAGCUGGAAGAGCUCGGUCCGGAUCGACCAGACGUCGCCGCUCAGCAAGUGACCACCGAGAAGAGCAGACAAUAUACGCGGACAUUUUCAAGAGCAUGGUAUAGGCGCAAAAGCAUGGCUAACUGUAAGUUUGAAGAGUAAGGCCCUUUUUUGUUUCCCGUGUAAAUUGAUGGUGACAAAAAGAAAUCAUAAAGCUGGCAAAAUAUAAUUUCGGCUUCUGAGACAGUCAAUCAGCAAAAUCUGUAUGUAGAAAAGUAGAGAAUAUAAAGAUUAAAACCUAAUAUAAACCAUGCAUGUAUUAUAGUGAGACAUAAAAGCCAGACUAAAAAGAAAGCUAACAGACAAUGUUCAUGCCACAAUGUUGGAAAUCAAUAAUUUUUAAGGCAGGAUGAAAACAUCCUGGAAAAGUCCUGGAAAAUGAUUUCUAUAAAAGAGUGGGAACCCUGUAUUUGUUCACCCAGUUUCAAUUCAGUUCAACUGAAAUAUCAAAUAUAAUAAAACUGUUAUGUGUUUAAAGCAAAUGUUUGUGUUGUUUUCCAUGGCUGAUCACUUUGAUAUGCAGCCUGAUUUGUUAUAAAUGUGGGUCUGCUCUGCACUAUUUUUCUGCUGUUGUCUCUGUGUGCUCCUUUGCUGUCGCCUAACCUGUUGAGAUGCAGGUGGAUGUACAUGAGUAAGAGUAUGCUGCUGUCAGUUUCUAUAUCAUAGGAUUACAUUGAAUGUAGAUAGGCUGUGUGUUGGCUAUAAUGCCCUAUUAAUAAGUUGAAAUACAGUAUCCCCACCCCAUCUGUCUUUGUAGGUCAACAUCGUAUGUUUCCUUAAUUAUUUUCUUAGAAAGCACCAGAAUGCUUCAUUUACCUUUUGAAAACGGGGGUAUCCUCCUCCUCCGGGGAGGAUACCCCCGGACCCCCAUACAGGGCUCUGGUUUCAAAAACUUCAGGCCCACCUACUAUUUUUCUCACCAGCCGCCACUGAUUGAUAUAUUGAAUGUCUUGAGCAAACGGUUGCAAUUUUGAGCCCCUAAUACUCCAAAGUACAGAAAAGAGACCAGGAACAUGGCAGGCUUUAAAAAGCAUGAACUGAAUAACCAAUAGAAUAAGUUUUAUUGGGUUAUAAAUUACCAGACAAAUUUGGAUAUUUUAUUGUAAUUCCAUAAAAACUAAAACAAAAAAACUUCACAAUGCCCUCAAGCGAACCUGCUUUUUGAUUUUCAUAAUCACCCUUCAAUUUAGGGGGCAUAUUAUGUACUGCAGAGCCUCUGGCAGAUGUCUAAUGUAAUUCAGACCAGCUCAUGUCCAUUGUGCAGAGCCAUUUUUUUUUACUGAAGAUCUUUGCAACUGUGAACUAUUUUUCUUCCACUUCUUUGUUGCUGGCUGAAUAUGCUCUCUAUCAUUUACAAUCACAGGCUGUUGUUCUACAUGUUAGAUUCCUAAAAAGCCAUGCCAUACUUAAAACACUGGGGAUUAGGCUGAUAUCAGUCAUCUUAAGUCUUCUGUAAAACAAAGUGAAUCAACUUCCCUGUACUUGGGAGGAUCCAGGUAAAAUGAUCCCCUCUGUGAUUUCUUUGUUUCUGUAAAAUAUUAAAUGGAGGAAAAUGAGUUGAUGAGGUGUAUCCUCCUCUCUUAUCACAUGUAGCCGGGGCUUGCUCUCCUCUUGACUAAUGAUGAUGUGUGGCACAGGUAGCUGUCACCAUGGCAUGAUUAAUUAAAAGGGAAACUGGGCCAAUUUGUCAUAUUUUUCUAACUGUGGUCAUAGAGCGAGGAGAGUUGCACUGAUGAUGCCUCCUCUCCCUCUGUGAUACCUCCAUAUGCAUACCACGGUGGGCUCUGAUGCUGUUUGUAAGACGUCUCAUCAGCUAGGGGGAGUUUUUAUCUGAGACUGUCUCUACACAGACCUGAUAACAAUUAGAGUCUGCGUCUGCUUUGGUAUGGGGUUCAGAAAUAUGAGUGUGCUGAGCGAGGCUGACAUAAUGAACAGAACAAGCUCAGGGGAGAGAGCUGAGUUUGAAGUCUUGGAAGCAGAGAGCCUUUUUACAACUAGCAUCCAGAGAAAUCUGCACUCGACUUUGCGUGUUUUGUAGAUCCAUCCAUGCAACAGUGAUUAGCAUUGUUGGUAAGCCAGUGGCUCACAGCGUUGCUCUCGGUGCUCGAUGGCUGAGGCUUCUCAGCUGCCAGCUGUGGGUCUCACUGGCGGCCCAGUGAACAGAGCAGAAGUCUUGUUUGUGUUGGACCGCAGUGUUGCUCCCAGCGUGCGGCCUGGCCCUUGUCAGCGGCCCUGUCAUUUCUGUCUCAGGCUUGUCCCGACAGCCAACCCAGGCUCCCACGUCACAAAGGCGGGCUCGUCCUGGGAGAGACAGGUGUCAAAGUAUGAGCCACCCCUCCUCCUCGUCAUGCUUCGUCCAGGCAGAUGCCGGCUGCAACCCAGCCACGUAGUUGAAGCUGAGCAACUUGGAAAGAAGGGUCAUCUCUGCCACCCAUUCACAGCCGCCAUAUCGCAGGAGACCGGAGCUCCAUCGGUGUGUGAGAGCGCUCAUGUCAGAUAUGGAGCAUCCACCAGAGGAGACUGUCCCAGUCCAAGAGCAUCACAGACUGGGGGCUGCAUCCUGACUGACUGACUGACACACUGACUGACAGCUUUAUUGUGUCCUUUGAGGAACUGGGAUGAAAGGCUCUCAUGAAGAGGCCGCACAAACACAUACCAUACUUGCAUGUGCUUGGGAAGAAUUACUUGUUCCUUUGUUUGCAUUGUUGUUUCUUUGUAUAGAGUCCACGUCUUUUAGCUGACAACACUCUUUCUCUAAUUGUACAAAAGCUGGCAUGGAGGAAUCUGACAUGUUAUUUUCUGAUGAAAAAGCUCCAGCUCUUAGGAUUCAGGAUUUUUACCAGGAAUUCUCCUUUACUUGUUAACUUUUUCUUACUGAGAACUCUUUAUAUCAUACAGCGUAUAUAUAUAUAUAUAAAUAUAUAAAAAAGGCAAUUAGAUGAUUCAACUGUUGUUGUUGUUGUUGUUGUUGUUGUUGUUUUAAUACAAAUGUGUGGGGACAGACACGCUGACAAAAAUGAUCCAGUAUCUCCAAAUAUGGCUGUAUAGAUAAACAAUCAGUGAGUGACCAAAUGCAGUGGUGCUGAUUCAAAGCAACAUCUAGAUAAUGUUUGCUAACAUUACACUUCAAAGUAAGCUAGUUGUAAGACUCAUAUCUGAAGAAGAAGAAGAAGAAAAAGAAGAAGAAGAAGAAGAAGUGCAAUUGAACAAGUUAUUUGCCGUUUAAAUGAGCAGGUGUAAUGCUGUGGUAGAGAGCUCUGUUUAGGGCUGUCAAAAUUACUCAAUGAUUCAUGAAUUUAUGAAAAAGAUUCAUGAAUUACUCCUUUUUUUUAGAUUUGAAUAUAUAUUUGAAUUUAGAAUAUUGGUUGACAGCCCUGGCUCGGUUGUCAAAUACCGGCUCUUGCAGAGUUCUUCUUAACUGGAUCAGUAGAUGAGGGAACAGUAGUGUUAGUGAAAACUUAAACUCAAACAGAAGAGUCCUUGAACUUUGUGUAAAUGCAAGUUUCUGCCUUAAACCAACAUUAGACUUGAGUUUGGUUGUUCUGGGCUGGGUUGAUCUGAUCUUUGCCAGUUUAUGUGUAGGUUUAAUGAUCCCUUGGUUAGCAAGAGCUCUAAAAGACAUCAUUCCAGCAUCUUAUGGCGGUAUUUUGGCUUCACUUUUGUAUCACUGGAGGGGAUGAAGAUGCAGCAGCCAUAAUUUUCCCCUGCUAGUGGAAGAAAUACAAAGUGACAGAGAGAGAAAAAGCAGUGCAGUGACAGAUGCAGCAGUUUCCUUAAUUUCGAGGCAAAUUUGCCACAUUUCGCUGCUGUACUACCUGUCAGUGUAUGACACUCUCAUUCAAAGACAUUAUAUUAAGUCGUGAAAGCCAAAUGACUAAUGUACCUUCUUCUUCCUCUUGUUCUUGUGUCUUCAGACUCUGUGGCUAGCGUCCUUAUUUUCUCCCACUGUUAUUUUAGUAGUCAUCUAAAUUGAUCCAUGCUGAAGCCAGACAGCGAUUGCUGUAUAUUUAAUGUCUUUCAGCAGCCACAUUAAGAGCACAGCUUGUAUUGGGAGGUAAUGUGUAUGUGUGUGUGUGUGUCAGAAUGUGUGUGUGGGUGUUUGUUUGGAAGGGUGGGGGGGCUGUGACAUUAAUAAUUUAAUUGCAGCCGUGUAUCUGAAUGCUGCAGGAGUGAUGGAUAUUUUUAAUGAUAUGAAGAAUGAAGCUCUGAAAGAUCAAUGCCGCUGCUGCCGCACACAACCGCACACACAUUAACAAAGCCACACCAACACACACUGUCUGUCAACAUGAAUCUGAGGGCCGAGUCAGGAUGAUUGUGCCCCCUCACUAAUAUUGUUUUGGUCCAUAACCCGUCUGGUCUGAUCUUCUGGGCUGGAGGUCUCCGGCCUGAAUGACUCUGUCCCCUUCGUUGGUGCUGUCAGAACUGACAGUCCUCAUGUUUAUUUCAUUUUGCGUCUCUGCUGUUUCCCUAUCCUCCAAUGUCAUUAACGCUCCGAGCCAGGACCCUGCAGUGGCGCGCCUAAUGAAUUCCUCUGCGGCUCCCCACCUAGUUACCCCAGCUCAAGGUGUCAAAUUAAAACAGGCUGAGAAAAGAGUAAAGAAAGCGCUCGCAUUUGUAUGUGUGUACGUUUCCUUCAUUGCACGUUAUGUCUCCUUGUUGCAUGGGUACAUUUGUUUUAGGUUGUCAGGGUUGAGAAAGUGUUGCAUUUACCCCUGACCAUCAAAAACAAAGCAGGAAAUGAACUUUUAACCCUCCCAUUAAAAACAGAGUCAACAACAAUUGACUGAAACAACUCUCUGCUGCAGAAAUGAGUUUGAUCCUGUAAAAAAACAAGCUCUUUGUGAAAUCAGAGUGCUGCUUUAACCUUUUUUUUCAUCUGCGAUCGGUGUGAUUAUCCUGCGUUGUUUGAUGAAGAAUUGUUGUGUUUAACAUUCGGGAUCUCUAGGAUAAUUUGGGGAAUGAAAUUAACAGCAGUGAGGAUGCCUGGGUGGCUGCUAAUUGUGCUUAUUUAGUUGUCAUUGUGAUAAGCGUAACGAGGCCAGACGUGUUAUUGAGCUGUGAGGCUGCAGUGGGAAAGCAGAUUUCUUACGUUUGGCACCCAGUAAUGGAAUCUUUUAUGUUUGUGGGAGGUGUUAGGUGUGAACUGGAUUAUUAUUGAUCCAAUCUAUUUGCAUUAAAGCCUGGAUAGCAAGCAUGCUUUUGAGGAAAUAGCAGUCAUUCAAUUGCAGCAGUGUUUUUGCCUCUGCUAUCAUUAAACAUGGUGCAUAUUGAGGUUAAGUGAGGCCAUUCCUGUUAUUCACUAUAUGUCCAUUUCCCCAGUGGAGACCCUUUAGGAGUGACCACAGUGCUGCUGCUACUGCUGCUGCUGCCUGAGUGUCAGAGGAGCAGCAGGCCUCCCUGUGUGGCUCUCUCUCUUUCUCUGACAGCACAGGAAGAUGGAAAAUGGUGUCAAUCAAUUCAUCAGAGCGACAAGGGUGGCUGUGCAGAGAGGAGAACUGGGGGCGUGGUAAUGGCAGCAUGCAGGAGGAGCGCAGCACAUGAUUAUGGCUUCCUGCUGCAACUAUUUCUCCUCGCCCCUGCCGCUAAUGCUGCAGCGCCUUAAUGGACUGACUGAGAGUACAGCCGUCACUCCACGGCAACAAAAGGUACCUGCAGAGCAUCUUCAGUGGACACAGUGGCAAUCUGUUGUUGUGUCUGAAGGGCCUCCUUCCCAGCACCUCAUUGUGCUCCACAGUCUCUACCGUGUUUCGGACCACCUUGGCACUUUAAAUCCACGGCUUGUUAGCCUUAAAAGAAUGUGCCGUGUUAAUUAAAGAUGUGUAAAUAUGCUUGAACGGGCUGCAUCUUCACAUUAAGAGAGAUUUGUGGAAUCAGGGCUGUGAUAUAUUUUAAUUAAGGAUUAAUUAAAAAAUAAUGGGGAUUUUAUUUUGCCUGGCAGACUGGGUUUGGACCUGAUUCUGGCGUCUGCUGUGAGCUCAUCAGUGGAAUAUUGAGCACCUCUCCUGCUUCUCAGGAACUAAGGGAGACUCUCAAGGUCUCAUGAAAACAAAAGCUCUACCAUCUUCUCUUUGAAUGAAAAAAAAAGAAAACAGACAUUUACUGUGCAAGGGAGUGGCCAAAGCGUUGGCUUAAUUAAAUUUUUUUCCACCCCCCUCUCCUCAUCUUCACCCUCACCCAUCCUCUUCUCUCUUUUUCGGCUGGCAGAGCAGCAGAGUGGCUCUGAGACACGGAACACUAGUUGUGCUGGCAAUUAUGUUAAUGGGAUGCUAUUAGGCCAUGAUUCCGUAUGAGCGAUCGGGGAGAAGAAGAGCCCCGGCGGCAGAAAAUGAUAACGGAGCGUGCGCCUCGUUGAUACCGCUCCAGCAGGAUAAUUUGCAUAAUGAACCCUCCCCACUAACGAGGGGUGUGGCCUCGACACUGAGCUACUUAGAAGGCUCAGGAGUCGCAGCGUGAGGCGAGCCGACACUGAAAGCACAAUGUGACAAAAAGAUUCAUGGACUUCACUAGUCGUUGCGAAAGCCAUUUUGGCACGAGUGUAAGUGCAGCAUGCAAAUUCCUUAGCUGGUUCCUCAGCAAACAGAGUUGAACACAGGCUGUGCCCAGUGUUUCUGUCUACACACACACAUGACAAUGCAGUUCUUCUGUAGUGCACUCUCAUCAUCAAAAUAAUGAACAAACGAGUGAGGAAGUCUGCAGAUUGUAGACUCUUUGGUCUAAUUUGGUCAUUUCCUUGGACUUGCUGGAAUCAAAGGUGUUUGGUCUCUGUUGGCACAUAUAGCACAUCAUCAUCAUCAUCAUCCAUAAAUAGUCACAAAUCAAAUAUUUAUUACACUGCCAUUUUCAUCUUAUUCAUUUUUAACUCUCAGCCUUUCUCUUCAGAGACCAAAUUUUGCAUUCCAUGUUCAGCACACACACAAACACACACACAGAGUGAAGUUUUUGGCUGUAUGAUUCACUAAGCAUUAGGAAGGAAAGUACCUUGGGGCUCCAAAGCCCUGUGGAUUCCCUCAGCAGCUAAAAUAAAACAAGCUGAGCGGGGAAUGCUCCACUUCAUUCACACUGCUACAUUAGCUAAAGAUACACUUCAUCUGUGGGGGUCAUUUGUAGCCCUUUGAUUCAUCUGCGGUUAUGUGUUGAAGCUAUUGAUCCCAAUCCUAACAUGUUAAUGUUAGUUUGGCUGCACAGUGCAGCAUCUUUAUUUCGGCAUUGCUCCUCUCUCUUGAUGUCUUGAUGUAUUAUUUGUGUGUCCAUGCAGCGUGUGCGUAUUUUUCCUGCAGCCUGGCCUGUCGUCUUUAGACACAGCCUCCGGAUUUGAUCAGAAUGAUCUGGAGGCCCAGGGGAAGACAUUAAACACCCAGAAUGCCCCUCAGGCUGCUCUCCCCUCCUCUCUUUCUCAACCUUUCAUUCUCCCUUAAUGAGAACUCCUCCUAAUUAUUUCAGUGGCUGGAGCAUGGGGACACAGCCGGAGUUAGAUCCCCUGCGCUCGGACGUGACUGCUAUGCUGAUGAAGGCGGGGGAUCAAUAAUUUAGGCUUGAGCUUUAAUGGCCGGGUGAGGAGAAAGCGAUACAUCUGAGUCAGAGAUUGCAUUUUAAAGGCGCAGAGUGAGCUCCAGCCUGGCUGGCGGACUUAACUAGAAGCUCCUGAAUGUGUUUGCUGUAAACAGCUGACACAUUUAUGUUUACUGGAAUUCUUAUCGCUCUUCCUCUAAGGCUAAGUCUGCGUCUAAGUGCUUGUUUACCUGGCUUUGUAUAUCCUGCAUUCAAUUAUUGCCGUCUGCAGAGUUACUCCGAAAAGGUUUCACUCUUCAAUGAUUUGCAUUUGAAGUACAUGGGGCUAUAAUUGAUUUAGAGGCAUGAAUAUUGAUAGUAUCUUAUCAGCUCAGUGCCCAUCCCUCAAACCGCUCUGUGGAGAAUAAUGGUCCUCUGAGCAUUUUUCUGGUCAUCUUGCUUUAGCGGAUGCACACAUAAUCUUUAAGUGUACAGAGCCUCGGCUCCAUGAAGCCCUUCCAUCUCCCUCUUGGGAGGCAUCCAUGCAUCUUUUAAGGACUCCACAUCAAGCAGGCCUGAGCAGAGUACCCUGCAGUCUCUCCCUCAAUUAUUAAAGCUGCGAUUUUGAUGCUCUGUUUUAAGUUAGCAUUGGAGGAGAAGAACCAGCCCCAUGCAGAGGACAGUAGCCUCAGCCAAGGCUUACGUCUCUCCUCUGCAGGAAGAGAAAGAUGGUGACAAUUUUCUACGGAAAUUUAUUAGAAGACUCUUGUUUUUAAUGGAAACUCUGAGGAGCUUUUGAAACAUUCAUAUGGAUUUCAUAUUGCAGAUCUUCUUCUCUUCAAACAGAAUGAUUCACUGCGGCUUGCAUUACAGCUUUUCCAGCCCUGCAUAAGAUGUCACUGCAUGAUAGAAAAAAGGGGCUGCUUCCAAUUAUAACAGGGAACACAUUUGCUCACAAUGUUUCCUUUGAUUGAUGUGUGAAGGCUGCGGUCGGGGCUCUAACCAAGUCCAAAUGGCUCGAAUUGAAACAUUACUUAUUGACUCAGCCUGACAAACAAUAACAUCAAGAACAGACAUCAGUGUCCUCGCCGCUGGUUGCCAUAGAAGUGGGAGAAAUGAGGGAUGAAUCAAGCGGACACGAGACAGGAUCUCACGUUUUUCUCAUCAGCACUUGUAAUGUUCGAUGAAGUUAUUGAGCGCACAAUCCCACGUGGCCUCGGUUUGAUGUCAUUGCUUAUUUUCUCAUUUAAGUGCCGAAGAACUCAUGCAAACUCCUUGAAUUGUUUUGCUGAUGGCGUCGGCGCUUCAUAUAAACUCCAUCCAUUGUCUCUGUGAAUUGCAGCUGCCCUUAACUCUGAUUAAAUAUUGAUAUGGAUGUAAACACUGGUGCCAUAUUGAGUUCUUCAUUCAGAGUCACAGUCUCCCUCUGCAGUGUGGAAUGAGCUGCUUGAGAAAUAGGCCCAUUGUUUCAAGGCUCACUGUUGAUUUAUGGUGACAAAAUAAAGUGCUCUGACACCAAGCUCAAAUUAAAGCUCCACGAAGGUGCCGCCGAAUUUGAAUAAAUCCUUCUGCCACUGCAAGCAAACAUGCGUGUCCUUGUUUUGUGACACACAUGAUGCUGUGCGGCUGUGGCAGUAAUUUAAUGUUGUCUUCCUCAGACAUAAAUAUUCUCUGGUUGAGAAAAGGCAGCGAAUUAGUUCGCUAAUUGAUAAUUGACAAGAUUUAUUCAGCGUCCACAAUCAAUCAACACAACGUUCUUUAAAGUGGUUUGUUACAUGAAAGCCAGAUGCGUCUUUGAGAAUUUGAUUUGCACCAGUGCGGGCCAAAGUGUCCUCUAAAUGCAUAGAGUUUUGAGGAUAUGUAUAUUCAUUUCUACCCCUCUACUUAGGCUUUAUUCAACAUAUGUGUUAUGUUUGUCUCCUGCCUUAAUACAAAUACCAGUAAUGGUAUAUCCAAUGGUUAAUUAAAUGCAAAACAAAGGCAUGAAAACCCAAGGUUUGUAUAUAAGACCAUAUUUCUAAAUUUCAUAGAAAUAAAUAAAAAAAUAUGUUAUUUUGUUGCUUUCUACUAGGGGUUGGACUCACUAGUAACCCCAUAAUACAAUAUUAUGAAGAUAUCUCUGCCACGGUAUGAUAUUAUUGCGAUUUUUAACAUUUUGUGAUACAGUAAGUAUUGCGGUACAAUAAAUUACAAUUUAUAUAUAUUUUUUAAACAGUUAAGCUAUUUUAGCAUUUGUCUUUCCUUUAUGUUUGUCCUAUUUACACAGUAUUUUUUAUUCAUGUGGCACAUCUUGCAAACCUUAUGUGUCAUGUCCAUCUCAUUUGUGCCCUGCUUGCAUUCCUAAUGUUCCUCCCCAGGUGCUGCCAUGUUUGUUGUACGAACUUUCUCCUGCUCUAUGAUGUCCCCUCUGCCAACCUCACUAGACAAACAUUUUAUUUUUCUAUUAUCAUAGAUUUGACUUUAUAUUAGCAAUUAAUUUGGAAAAAAUGAAUACUUGGUCAAUGAGACGAUACGAUAUAUCACUGGACAAAAUAUCGCCAUACUAUGCUGUAUCGAUUUUUUCUCCCAACCAUACUUUCUACCACCAUUAUUUCAACUUUAAGUGAUGGUCUCUUAUUCAGUAUGUCCUGAUAAGAAGAAGCAUAGAGCAUCCCUAUAAAGAGUAGAAGUACUAAGAAUAAGAACUUUAUUGAUCAAGGGAAUUUCAAUAAAUUGCGCCAACAUUUUAAAUUGUGCAUCACUAGUGCAUUAACUAACUAUUUAUGAGUCUAGUACUUUCUGCCUGAAACGGCGCUCAUGUGUUUUGCUUUUAGCUAGGGCUGCAGCUUCAUUUGAUGACUCCUGCCAUUAUAUGACACAAUAACUUCUCGACUACCUGGAUGUAAACAAGCACUGAUGACAGGUAUGACCCAGUCAGCAUCCAAAAGUGCAAGAUCCCACCAAUUCUUUGCUCUGUUCUCAAUACGGGAGAUUAGCCAGUUACCAUUUCAUUACAUUCCAAGUGGAAAAUAAUGAUGUGAUUACUAGAUGAGAAGAUGCUGAAAAGUGCAGUUCCAGUUACUGCUGUGCUGCUAUUUUUGGACAAAUGUCAAUGAAACUCAACACUUUAUAAUGAAGUCAUUCCAGAUCCCAUUCCUGGAAGCAUUAAUGUGGAAAAUCUGCAGGAAAUGUUGAGUUACCCAACAUCAGAUCAGAACUGAGUAAAAAGCAAAAAGUCCAUCAUGCUGUAAUAAAGAAUCAGUGAUUGAUGAGUCUUAAUAAAAUUCAUCAUUUGAGCCAUUUUAGGGGUUAUUCCAACCCUGCUUUGGCUACUGGCCUUUAUCUAAGAUAGCCAUAAAUAUAUAUCAUUAUUUCAGUCCUUGCAUUCAUUUAAGACUUUGCUGAACCAAACCAUCACUCAAUCUGUGAGACAUUCUGGUGACACCAUCUUCCUUGCAUCUGCAGAUUAGCUAGAGGCACGAUGGAGCUCACUGCCACCUGCGUCUUUCAUCCUGCUCUGCAAUAGUUGCCACAUACUGAGAUAAUACUACUGGAAGGGGAGACAUUCUCCUUCCUUCUCUCUUUCUGUUUUUCUCUCUUUGUCUUUUCUCUGAAUAAUAGAUCUCCAGCCAGAAGAGCUUCUUUCUUUUCCCUCCUCACUGUUUGCUUGAUAGUGUAUCUCAGGGUCAACUCAGCGACUAUGUGAAACAGGAGCAUUAUAGACUCUUACUGUGAGGCUUUACAAGUGCAUAUGUGCAUACAGUAUACAGUGAGCCGUGUCUGAAAUGCCAUGCUCCUGGGAGAAGGAAGCUAUCCACAUAUAAGAAAUGAAUGAGGUAAUGCGCUGGGAGGUAAUGGCUUUAUGCAACAUACUGGAACAGAGAAAGCUCAUUAGGAGACUGAAGCUUUAACCCCAGAGCUGCUUGCCUAUACUCCCUUUGUCAUAGCAGACUGGUGGAAGCCAGGGAAUUUAGUGCUGGAGGGGGGAAUUCAAUACUGGGAGUCUUUGCACAGAGGCACAGGUGAGUUAUUUUAUGUAUGAAAUGGCCUGUCUCCAGGCAGCAAACCAGCCAUGUCCCCUCCUCUGGCACCAAAGCACAAUCAAUAGGAAAGCACUCAGUAUUUAUAUGAUAUAAGUGACCUAUCUUUCAUGUUAAAUGUGUGCCAGAGUCGAUACGAGUAGUUAUUCAAAUCUCAGCCCUCAAAAUAAGUGGCCACUGGCAUAGUAUUGAACCUUUGUACUGUUUUAGUGUAAACCAAGCUGUAUUCAAAGCAACAGCUGCUCCUAUGUCUCCAUGGAGGGUCUACUUAAUCCUGUAUUUUUUAAGAUCUUUAAACAAAUGGGACAAAAUUGUUUAUAAUUUCAGUUAGCUGAUGUGCAAAAGUGGAAUUAUUCCUUCCUCACAAUCACCAGCUCACUUAAAAUGUUUCCAGCUGACAGUCAUGCCAAAUGGAGUAUGUGCAGCCAUUAUAACUUUCCACCUUUUUGAUAUAACCAUGCAAAGUUUUAUUCAUGUAUUUGGUUGUAAAUUUCUUAUUGAAGCCAAGGCAAAAACAUUCUGUCUGAUCGAUUGAUGCAAUAACAGUAUUUUCAAGAUGCAUAAAACCAAAGUCCGAGGAGAAAAUCAGAUUUUCUCUUUGCUAUUCUUACCCGUCUCUGUAAAUUCUUGAUUCUGGUCAAAACACCACCACAACAGUGAUUAUGUCUCGGUAAGGUAAGGUGAGGGCAAGAAAACCCUGAUUACACCCUUCACAUCAAAAACGCAGAAAAGAGUAUUACACAUUUCACCUCUGCCUGUUGACACUGUGGCAAAAUAUCAGCUACUGUUGGCAUUUUGAAUUCAUGAAGACUGUGUAAAUUUCAUUGCCAGUCUGGUCUUAAGAUUCAGGAAACAACAAUAAUGGAUAGUGGGCACAGAUAUGAGAGCAGCAGAAUGAGGAGCCACUUGAUUAGUUGAAAAGUGGAGCAAUGCAGGCCGUGGCAGCUGAGUUGAGAGCAUCUUUGAGUUGCAGAUCAAUACAAAGUUACUGAAACCACGUGUGGUAAGAUGAGACAGUAAAUUGUAAAUUAAUUUGUAUCACAGUAUGAACACUUGCAAUAAACAUGUUGCAGAAAUCUAAAUUUAUGAUGGUAAAUUAGGAAAUCAAUCAAUCAAUCAAUGUUUUCUCACCCCAGCAUGUACAUUUUACCUACUAGAUAGAGGGCUGAGUUUUAUGGCCAUGCUUUUACAACAUUUUGAUGCAGCCAAAUGAAGCCUGAGCUAGCUGAUGGCUAAUUUAAGAUUAAUAAUUGAUAAUUUAGCAAUGAAAAUGCAGAUUUUUGGAUGUAUGGCGUCUUGGACUCAGGAGAGACAUGGUCAAAAUCCAAGUGGUAGGUUGAACCAAGUGUGAUUAAAGCAAAGACAUAAAUAAUGUUUAGUUUAAUGGAAACAAACCUGAAGUCAUGAAUCUUUGAUGUUUGUUAAAUUUUAAUUCUACAUAUGUCCGUAAAAGAUGACACAUUUUAAUAGUUUAAUUUCCUUAAAUAUUGCAAAACACGUCCCAGUGUCAGCCUUUUACAACAUAAUAAGACAUAAUAAGCAGUGUUUUGUUGUGUUGUACUUGAUGAGGAUUUUGUUGUACAGCGAGUAUAGUGUUCUGUUGGUGGCUGCACACAUCAUGGACAGAAAAUCCAGGGAUGGGCUGUGUGCCAUCUCCAGUGUUAUCACACAUCAGUGGACAGCACAUCAGCUGACUGAAGUGUGCUGCAGUGUGUGCACACUCCAGUGAUGGUGUCAGCAGUAUAACUCAGCGGAUAACAUGCUUCGAUCAUGUUUGGUUUGUAUGAUUGAGACGUGGUCGGGGGUUCGUCUCUCUCCGCGGUGGCAGGGUUUGUUUGGCAGGCAGGCGGGCAGGCAUCACCAGGUUUCUGGCGCGCGUGGAGGCUGAGUUUCCGGUCUAUUUCCAGCGCUGCGUGUUCAUUCUAGGUGACUGGGGGGACUGUGUGUCAUUAAAGGCACGUCCUCUGCCUCUACCCAAGUGUGAAAUGCUGCGCCUUGGAGAUGCUGGUCUGCUAUUGUUUGUUCGACCAGUUUGUCUCAGCUCAGAUAUAUCUAUGGGCAGAAGGUUAGAGCUUCUUUUAGAGGUCAAAACACCCUGGGCUGUUUACAUUCACUUAUUUUCAUAUAGUUUUGUACCUCCCUUAUCUAGGCAUGUGCUCACAGAUACAUGUAGUCUUUGUUUUUGAUUGUUAAUUUCAGCUUUUUUGUAAGGUGCUUACUAAGGAGGGGGAACAGACUCAGAUGAAAACAGAUACCUUUCAAUUAUCUCCUAGAGCAAAUUAAACCACCACUAACAAGUUUAACCAUCUAUGCCUGUCGACUGUUUGUGGUUACCUAUACUGUACAAUAUUCUGUGAAACUGUACAGUCUUGUGUGGAAUAUCCUACACUACAAACUUGUUUGGCAUACACUCUUAUGCUUGUCUUACUUCCUAAACACUUUGCACUUUGUAAAUAGCUUUAAAUAUUCUGCACUUUUCAUUAAUCAUUGAAAAUUCCUCAUUCAUUCUUACUAAUCCCUUUAUCUGUUCUCCUUCUACUAAUAUUUGUAUUUUUAAGAGCAAGGGUAAUGCUUUAAUAACUGAAUUUUUGCUCCUGUGGAUAAAUAAAGUAUCCUGAUUCUGAUAAACUAGCCUACAUAACCCUUUGACUUCAGCAAUGCAUAUCCAAUCGGGAGGACUGAUGGCUGGUGUUGCUAGCUCUGCUAAUGGUAGUCAUGCUUAACAAAGCCUGUAUUGUUCAUCCAGAGACUCUGUGACCCUGUGUUUGGCUGUGUUUUCUUACCUUAGACUCGGGUAUAAGUCCAAAUUGAUAUUUUUUUUUCCAAGGAAAUUGUUGAUUUCAGAAUGUAGUCAGAGCAGCCUUUUAACGUUUUCCUCAGAAUGGAUUCACCAUAAGUGAUAUAUUUGACAGUUUUAAGAGUAUUUUUUUCCCUGGCUGCUCUUUAUGCAUGUACAGGGUGAGAUUAGUACCAGUGAAAAGAACCACUUUGUCCAUGAGUCCCAAUGAUGGACACAAAUUUGAAAUUCCUGACAGUAGCUCUAAGUUCUCUCUUGUGACUCUAAAUGUUCAGUGAUUUGAUUAAUUCAGACUGCACAAACUAAUUGAAAGACUGCAUUGUAUAGUGUACAGCUUUCUCAUUCACUGUCAGAAAAGAGAUAUGAGCCUGUUGGGACGUAUCACCAUAACAAUAAAGCCAGCUAAUUAUCCCCUUGUUGACAGUUUCCAAACCAUUUCAUAGUUGAUUUAAAGAUAUAAAACUUUAUUGGAUAAAAAGAUAAGAGACAGCAAUGUAUGGUUUUCUUGGCUCUGGUUUAUACUAUCUGCAUUAUAGGUCCUUCAUGACAUUUAAAACUUUAUUGGACAGAGCUUCGAAAUCUGGGGGCAGUAUAUAAAAUGAGGAAUUUAUUAGACUUUGUGGCCUUUUUGUGUAGAGUGUGCAUGAAAUAUCAUACAGAGAGACAGAUGAGCUCAGCCUGUGAGGUUUUAAUGCUGCAGUAAUGAUGUGCCGUAAAGAGCAGGUAACAGAUGCUGAAAUAAAAGGGGCAUGAUAUAUCAAUAUUUAGCAUAGCAGAUGUGAUGUGGCAUUUUAUAAUGCCAAUAAUCCUCGGCUGACCCUGUAAGUCACAAACAGUGGGGUGCUUUGUAAUAAAGUGAUACAAAACUGGUGCUUUGAUGGUUUUUAGAUAUAGAGGGUUUAUUUUUCUUUCUCAGGGUCAUCGUCCCAUAAUGCACUAACUUGAGUUGUAUAUUCCCUGCACAGAGAGUUUUAUGUUAUGGAUGUAGUUCAGGAGAGGCCAUAAACCCACCCCCCCUCCACCAUCCAUGUUAAGCUUGAGACGUUCUUUUCCUGAGGCAGGUGCGCAUCCUCAGCCACGAGAGCAGAAUUUAAAAGGAGACAGAGAAGUAGGCUCUGCAGGGAAACCAAAGUAGGAAGUCAAUAAGGUCUGAAUGUUUUAUGAAGGCAGAGGUAUUCAGAUCACAGCUCUGCCAACAGAAAGAGCAGCCUGCUGCUCAUACGAGGAGACGGAGAGUAGUAGAGGGUCUAAAUCUCUCCCUGAUUUACCUCAAUCCUCAUUAACACCGGAGCUACUCGUUACAGCUCGAGCUCUACAGAGGAAGAGGCAGCAAUGUUAAUGUACUGUGGAGAUAUCACACUGUAAAUUUGCUGUUGUAUAUUCGUUAGUUUCAAGUCCAAAAAAGCAGGAUUCAAAGCAGACUUUUGCUUUAUCGAAUUUUCAUUCAUCUUUCUAAAGUUCUAUGGAUUUUCUUAGAGCUUCUUUCUGUGUUUCUCUCAGAACCUUUUGGUCGCUUUAUUGCAAAAUCCGUUCCUGAUAUGGUUUAUAAAAUGUUAAAAAAAAUUGUCAACAAUAUCUACAGUAUAAGUCUCUUUUAACUUGACAUGUCAUUUCCAUUUUUCUAGUUUUAUUAGUCAAAACUUAAACGAAAUAGCAUUCAGGAAACACAGAAGAAAAACAACUUUUAACCGUGAAUUUUUAUUGUAUUUCUGCUUAAAACUAUAUGUAAGGGAUUAAUCCAUAACAAAAAGCAGUUUUAAUUAUUUUCAAUAUGCUAAUUGAUAAAACAAUACACCUCUGGAUCUUCAGAAAUGAAAAGAUUCACAAAAGCAUCAGUCAGAUGGAGUCAGACAAUCAGUUUGGCAGGAAUCAAGAGCUAAUCCAAACAAGGUGACCUGGUUUACAUGGUACUCUUUGUGACUUUGUUACCCACAUAACUCCUCCCCAAGUUUGAGCCCUCCUAGGUAUUAUUGGAUGCUCAGAGCAUGUUCUACAGAAGUCCAGGUUAUCAGAUGCCUCUGUCACAAAUGCGCUAUACUCCUGAAAAUUUUUCCAGCAUUUGUGGGGCAGGCAGCUCUUAAGAGAGCAAAUGCUAACUUUGAGCAGACUUUUUCCUUUUGGUUCCUUUGUGAGAAAAAAAUAAAAAAGUCUAUGCCUAGUUUGGGUGAGCUGAAGUGUGCACAUAGCAGGUAAUAGUCUUAACCCUCCAUUGCGAGGGAGGAACACGGUGAUGACGUCAUUCCAUGCUGAGCAGUUUUGCUUCUGUUCACCUCAAGUGUCUAAUGAUUUUAACCAGUGGGGUUUUUUAUGCAGAAAUGCUCAUUUACUGUGUUUCUGUAGUGACAUAAACUCCAAAGCUGUCAAUUGUCAGUCCAUCUGAACAACAAUAACAGGGUCUAGAAUGUUUCUGUUAGAGAUAAUGUCAUUAUAGCUGCCACACAGUAUUCUUUAGUUUUGAUAAAUGCCUUUUUUUAUUGUUAUUCACAAUAAAUUGCAUUUUAAUGCAUGUUAAAGAUUCAGUCUUUUAAAGGCUGUAUUAACAAUGGAAAGUAGCAAUUGCUGACCCGCGGACAACCUUUUCACCUGAGUAUUUAACUAUGUUGCCUGGCAUUCAGUUGCCACACACUGAAAUGCUGCAGUUAACUUCUGCACUUCAGUUUUAUCCACUGGUUUCCCCCUAAAAGACAGUGCUCUACCAGCUAAUGUGAUGCAAUUUCCCUCCGACAUUAGCAUGAUUAGCUGUACCAGUGUGCUAAGAUCAUGGUAACUCUAAGUACUAAGGCUGCACGAUAUUGGAAAAAAAUAAUAUUGCGAUUUUUUCAACCCUGCGAUAUAUAUUGCGAUAUUAAAAAUACAGUAUUUUCACCAGAUGACCUGAAUAGCACUUAAUGUUAUGCUGCACUGCUGAAGUCUUGAGGACAGUUAAUCUGCUCUGAUCUUACCUCUUUUUGUGAAUGUUAGUAGAAUGGCUUCUGUCUGUCUCAGAGAUAUUUUUAGCUUUUAUUGUGCUGGGACGUUAUUGUGGCAACAGGUGAACACAGAAGACGUGUUUUGGUCGACAUCAUCCUUCUUUUAACCGAAAUAAUUCCAGAUAACUGACUUUCCUUUUCUUUUUGGCAACAAAUCUUCAUUUUCGGUAGUUUUCGCUUGUUCGUUGUUCAUUUUGCGAUCGUUGUUGUUGUUGUUAGCGGUGUUGUGCCGAGAAACGCAUGUCCUCCGAGAAUUGCAUGCACCUCGCAAAACGCGCACUGCUUAUAGUAGAGUGGUCCACGGAAAUGUACAAUUUAAAACCCAUACAGUUCUUAUUUGUUGGGCUUAAUAGUCAUGAGUAAAGUUCCGAAAGUAAUUCUCAGCGGACACACGUCUCCCUCCAUGUGCAGAACAUGUGCAGGGGUGGGUUUUCUCCUCCCUGAUUUUGAUUGACAGCUGGCAGGGUAGUCUGAUUGGCAACUGAGAAGUGAGUCUGAUUGGCAACUGAGUUAAGGACAAAGGCGAUUGGUGGAUCGCUGCACAGCACAUGCAGAGUCACAUGGAGUGUAUCUCAGUCGGUUACCCUUUAAAUUAAAUGAGUUCAUUCACCUCCAAUAUCGCAGGCUCUGCGAUGUGACUAUCGCACAUACGUACAUCGCGAUGACGAUAGUCAAACGAUAUAUCGUUCAGGCCUACUAAGUACUUCAGUGAUAUUAUAAAUCAGUAUGUCAGAAAGAGUUUUAAAUAGUGAAAUGUGGCAUUUGAAAGUGCAGCAAUGGUCUUAUAUUCCAUCAUGGUGGCUGCAGGAAGCAAGGAAAGUUAAUUAGUGUGCUUAUGCUAGCGCAAUUAUGCUAAUGCCUAAUCUACCUUGAACUUGCUUUAGUUCUCUUCAGCAUCACACAAAUAGUCAGUUACAGUAAUACUUAAAAUGGGCUUACAUUAGCAUUGACUAGCUAACUACUCUGUAACGAAGUGUGCUUAUGCUAGUGUAAGUAUGCUAGAGCUAACCACUUUGACCUAGAAUGACCUAAAAUGUGAGGGGGUUAACGUGUGAAAGGGUUAGUGGGAGGAUGUAAAAAUAAUAUGGAUAAUAAUCCUUUGUUUGAAAAGCAUUUUUAUGAACAGUUUUGAAUGGGGGUCAAACCACACUGUGCUGACAAUACAGACAGUUGCAGGUCGACUACGUUUAGCUUAGCAUCCCUUAGUCCUUGCCAUGGCUUAACAAACUACAUUAGGCCUACUGUUCAGAAAGGCUCUAAAGUGAAGCAUUUAGCAGCUAAAGGGUUGGACAGUUGAGUUGCCUAAAACCAAAAGCAGGGCUGAAAGUAGAUUAAAUGUCUGACUAACAUUCAUCAGGUAGACUUAAACAGGACUAAAAAAUGACACAGUGUUGCUCUUUGUUUAGAGAGAGUCCAAGCUCUCAUGUCAGCUUGUUCCACUGCUGUCACGUGGCCUCAGCUGUAAUCCUGAAACAUAAAUAUUAUGUUGAUAUUUAUGUCAGUCUUUUGAACAAAGGCGCUACACAGUCCAUGCUGAGCUGAAGCCUCAGUUGACCCUGAAUCAUCUCCGACCGCUGUCCUCACUUCACUUAAACUUUCCCUGAGUGAGUGUGUGUGUGUGUGUGUGUGUGUGUGUGUGUGUGUGUGUGUGUGUGUGUGUGUGUGUGUGUGUAGACAGACAGUGUCUGAGUGGCUCUUGUUUACUAAGGCCACGUCAGGGGAAGUUUGCUAUUGAUUAGGGCGACAGAGUGCAUAAGAGGCCUGAUGUUUUGUGAGGCAUCGGCUGAAGAAUAGCUGGUGGUUGUGUUGAAAUCUGAAAAUAGCCCAUCAGCGCCUAAUCAAAUUAAUGCAUACUUACUGCUGCCAAGAUCUAAUUAAGCAUGCCGGCAAAAAUGCACAAAGACACCAAAUGACAUGGGAUGAAAAGGGAAAAUAUUAAUUUGAGUAGGAAACAAAUAUCUAACAGAGCUUUUAAUGGAUUCCUGGAAGUGCAACAGUGACGCUGCCCUGCUCAUUCAUGUUAAGCCUGAGCGCGCUGCAAGGAGCAGGUGCAGCACUGCAGAAAGGUCGAGGUUGCUCUUUGUGAAUGUUGGCCAGCGACAUUGAGGUCUGGGACAUGUCCACAAUAACAGACCUUUUUUAUGUCCUUUUUCUCCCCCAGAGAUGCUCUGCUGGCUCUCAUUGCAAUUAAAACCAAGUGUCCAUCAGAGGCUAUCUCUGCUCCGUGUGGCCCAUAUGUUUGGGUGCUGAUAGAGCGUGGAUUACUCUGUUUGGGACACAGAUAACAGGCUGUUUAUAACCUUGGCAGAGUCUGGGGCCUAAUCUGGCAGGAGCAUAUUUCCCCUUGCUCCCCGAUAAAGGCCUGUUAGCAGCUUUAUCACACGGGCAGAUAGAAGUCGAGCCAGAGCGAGACGAGCACAGCACUGAGCCCAAUCUGGCACCGCACACACAGUUCUGCUGCUUUAUUUUUAGAAGCCCUGUCACACUCCCAUAUACACACACACACACACACACGCACAUCCUCACGCAGACGUCUACACAUUCACACAGACACAAGCCUUGCUUCUUGUCAGAAAGAGCAAUUAAUUUCUACAUCUGCCUUCUUGGGCAACACAAGGACCAACUAACAAAUUAAAAGAACAAUGUCCUCAUUCAUCAUCAUCAUGAUCGUCGUUAUGUUAUGCCUAUGCAGAAGAAAAAAGACCAGAGAGAUUGAGGCUGUUCUCUCUUAUGUUGGGUGUAGUUUGUUAUAUAUAAUUUAGAAGCUAAAGCUAAUUAGCCUAGGCUGGAAAAAAACACAAUGCACCCAAGUUGUUAUUGUGUUUGUGUGAGUUAUCCAGUGCUCUACAGUAAGAAUGGGCAUCUCAAUUAUUCUUAUCCCUGGCUGAAUAAGAGGAAGGUUUUAUAGCUGUUUUCCUGCUUACACCUCUAAGAUGCUGUGGAAUACGUGCGAGCCUGCUCUGCUAUUUUCUGUAUCCUCAUCUUGAUGGCUCUGCGUAGGCACAAUUAGAGAGAGCGCUCCUUUCACAGCCGGAGAAAAUUGUCGUCCUCUGUAAAUUGCUUUUGCCGCAGCUUAAAGAAGAUCUCUUGUUACCCUCUCAUUCAGUCUUUUUUUUCGCCUCCUGCUCUCCCCCUCUUUCAGGAAAAUUGCUUUCUCGCAAUCAAUAGAUUGCUUGCUGCACUUAGGGGUAAAUACAGGUAGACUAGAGCAUUAGCAUAACAUUAUUCAGACAAGUGUCAACCUCUAGGCAGUUAGCGCUGCAUCUAAGCUCGGUGUGAGGUGAAAUGAAGUGCUACAGAGUUUGAGGAGCCGCCGCUGCUGCUGCUGCUGCUGCUGCUGCUGAGAGGAGAUGAAAUUGGCUAAAAGUGCAGGAAAAGAUGAUGUACUUCAACAUUUCUGCACUUGCAUAAAUGCAAAAAAAGCAUAAAAAUGUGACACUUUGCUUCAAGGUGACUUCACGUGUAGAGUUAACUCCCUUUCAUUCAGGUGGAAGAGUUAUGAUUCGGUACUCUCUGGAGGUCUGCAGCAUGUAGGUCAGACCGGCCUCUUCUUACAACUGCAAAACAUGCAGGAUAGGCUGGAUGGGAAGCAGCUUUAUUGGCGCGGUGGUGAUGUAUGGUCCAGUGACACGAGACUGAAAACAGAGCUUGAUGUUGGAUCUGCUACAGAAGAUUCUUAAUGCUUUUUCACUCGCGUCAGUUAGCUCAAAUUAACCUCACAAGCAUGAGUCUAAUUAAGUUUCCUCAUUGAAGCUUGGCACCCGCUCCCCUCCUCUGCGUAUGAUUUGAUACCCUGUGUCCUCGGGGAGGGGCUGUGGAGAGCAGCAGGCGUGAUCUUUCACCGGGGGAGACACACUCUUUCUCUCUAUCCUCCACCCUUCUUCCCUUGUCUUUCUUGAUUGACAACAGGGGUUCCUUCUGACCUACAUUUGCAUCUGCUCCCUGACCCAAAUAGGACCCAUGUAAUGAGCCGCUUGGCCAUUUUUUUUUAAUAUCCUGAGCAGGAACUAGUGUGGCUCUCAUCCUCAAGGGGGGUUUAGCUGUGCUGUGCUGUGCACUGCUGUGGUAGCAGUGUCCCCAGGGCUUUGUGUCUGGAGCUGCAGGGCCUGCACAAAGACACUGUCCCAUCCAGACGCCUUCCUGCACAGCCACCCAGGCCAUUCUAGGUCAUCUGAUUAAUCUCCACGGUGAUUACUAAUCGGCGACUUGUGCUAAUGUGCUGUAUCGCCAAGGCACAGAGGCAAAAUCAUCAGACAGAUUUCUAUCUUGUUUGCUGGGUCAUCAGUUCUCCUGAAGUGUCUUCCCAAAUACGGCAAUAAAAGCCAGAAUCCAUUCAGAGUGGAAGCCGUGCAGAGCGCCGGGCUGUAAUAUCAUCUGACUGUGCAAUGAGGCUGUUAUUGUUUCCCUCCAAAACACCAGGAAGAGUCAGCACUGGCAGCAGCUUGUACACAAAUAGAGAGCCAGAUAUCCCUUGGGAUCCCACUGUGGAUUCCACAAGCGAGCGUGAAAGCCGUUUGGUGCUCUCAAGACAUGAAGCUGUGCGUGUCGGUGCAGCAGCCAUCAGAGCCAAAAUCUGUCUGAUAAACACAAUCAUCACUCUGCAAAUAUGAGCAGCAGCCUCUUGAUAAAGACGCUUUGUCAAAAAUAGAGAGGAGAUAGUUCUGUUUGUCAGCACAUUAAAGUGCAUCCAGAGAACAAAUCACCUUUUUGCUUGUGUUUCUUACAGCAGCUCUGUCUGUCAGGUCUUAUAUGUGAGCUCGAACAAUGCUUCACAGUGUCGGACAUGCUCCUGCUAUUGUAAUCUUCUUAUUUAAUACAUGAUCACACACAUGCAGAUAUACUCUCACCAGACAUAGACAUUGUGCAUGGAAUUGAAUUUCUUUGCAGCAGAAAUAUAAAUUUAGACUCACAGGAACAACUCGGGAACUUGUUUCCUGGUUUCAUUUCCUGUCUCCUCACAGUGGGAUUUUCUCUUAUCAGCAAGUGUGAUAUUAUGUGAGUAAUCUCAUUUUCCUGCAGCUUUCAUAAUGACAAUUCUGCACAUUUCUGAUUCAGAUGAACAUCCUCGCUGCCAUAAGUGUUACAUUGGUGCGAGAUAAAACCCGUCCCUUUUGAGUGUGAAGGGAAUGAGACGUAUUCUUCGAGAAAUUGCCUUCUUUUCAUUCAUUUCACUGCUGCUUUAGUCCACCUCAUUUCAGAUUAUAUUGCUCCCAUCUGUGCUGAACAAUCAGAAAGGAAACCUUUUCCAGCAGCUGCAUUAGAUGGCCUUUCAUUUUCUUUGGGCCUGCGAUCAUAAUGACAUAAUGUAGAGCACGAGCCUCUGCAGAGCUCCUCUCUCUAUCUCUCAUUGUGGCUACUCGAGUCGCCUCUCUCCCUGAUAUGUAAAAUACCAAAUCCCAUUAUUUCUCCAGCUAAAUAACACUGCUCCCAAAGGCGUUGUGUGAUGUUUUAAUGAGAGCCCCCGAUUCCUGAUGCUCAACGCUGUCUUCUCUGCAUUUCCUUAAACUGCCAAGUAAGAGCCCCAUUAAUAAUUCAGCUCAUUAAAGUGUGUAAUUAAUCUGGAGCUGUGUAACAGAGAGAGACUGGGGCGCAGGGAGAAAACUCUCCAGGGGGGCACAAGAGAAACAUUGGGCUAAGAGAAGCAGCACACCCGCUGUGAUGGAACCAGUUCCCCGGCACACAACCAGUCCUCCUGCAUCAUUUAUCUGGCAGGAAAAAGCUACAGAAAGACACCGCCAUCGCUGCCGCCACCGCUGCUGCUGCUACACAUGAGACAUCUUCAGCAGCUCAGCCAAUCAACAAUGCAGUGCGAGUACACACAAGGCUGUAUGUGUGUGUGUGUGUGUGUGUGCAUGUGUGGAAUCAGCUUUGGUGUAUGUUUACUGAAGAUGGUGAAGGUCAGUUUCUGGGUUUUUUACAGGACUGUGUUGGUCACCACAGAUUUACACAGAACAUAAACAUAGAGGUGAAGGAGUGCAGGAGUCUGUUUAUAGACCUGUUUUUGUUGUCAUAGUCCAAUUAUGCUAUAUUAUGUUGAUGCUGAAUUAUUUAUUAUGAUGAGCCAAGAAAUGGGCCUGCAUUGAACAAUAAACUGUGGUACAAAAACACAUGGAGGAAAUAGAGACAUGAAGCUUAAACAUAGUGCCAUUUGAAGGUGGGAUGUUUACACACACCUGGUCUGCAAUGAGGAAUUAAAAGGCAUAAUUGUUCGGCAAAGCUUUUCUGACACUCAUCAUCUCUUAGGUGUGUUAACGGGGGCAGAGUGUAUUUCAUACACAUCAGAAAACUCCUCACACAAGCUUUAAUCCACAACAGACAAACACUAUUUUUUUUAAUUAUGUCUAUGAUAAUUCAAUUGAUCAUUCUAAUGUCAUUCAGGUCCAAAAUAAACUUUUUUUUGAGUAACUGUUUGCUGUUUUGUGUCUUUUGGCACAAACCAGCAAACAGUUAUAAAUCGUUCAUGAGACCAAUAAGCAGCAUUGGAACAGAUAUACAUGUCAUUCUGCUCGCCCGCUGUCUCUGCUGCUUUGAGUUAAAACACACACAGGCACAUCUGUACACAGAUACAUGCAAACAGGUUAGUCAACCAGUAAGAACAGCUACACAUAUUAGCUCAAAACCAGUUUGAAAUGUGUAAUAUGGAAUUUUAGACAUAAGCCUGGUUAAUCAUAACUGCUUAUCAUAAUUUAGAGGUUAAUUGCAAUUCCAAAAAAAGAAAACAAUAACUCUGAGAGCUUUACUUCUAAAGUGUUUUGUUAAACGACUUCAACAGGUUGUAGACUCACAAUUGAAUCCUCUAAAUGCUGAGUUUAAAUAACAAAGCUGAUAUCUCAUUAGCUGAGACAACAGCUGAUGAUUUUUAAUAUUUAUAUCACAUGUAAACAGAAAAGAUGUGUAAUGGUUUAUAGCACUUCUCCUGACAUUGACAGAUGAUGGUGACCAUGUCAGUGUAGUCAGUCUAGAAGAGACAUGUUGAAGCUUGUGCAGAAACUGUGUCUCCGCUUUGUAAAUUCCAAGAGGUCACUUAAGAUUGUGUGGAGAGUUUUCUCUGUGACUGCAGGAACACUUGGUAUUGGCCGGUAGGUCCACAGUUUUUAUUCUGCACUGUAUGAAGUCUGGUAUUAUAAAUUGACUCCUUCUCUCUCUGAUUUUGGACAUUCGUUUCACACCUGAAAGGAUUUUUCACUCAUAGGAGGGGUUCCAUCUGAAUUUUCUCUUCCACUUUCCAGCACACAGCACAAACAAAGCAUGUGAUGUGAGCCUCGUGUUUGUUUUCAAGGCUUCAGGUAGACCUCAGUAUACACUAGUACUCUCACUCAGCAUGCCUGCUGCCACUCACCAGCCCUCAGCUGCUCCAGAUGUGGCUUAAUUUACUGCGACUUGGCUUAUCAUGGUGAUUAAGGAUUAAUUACUGUUAAUCACUUUUACAUAAACUGGUUGGCGGUGGGAGAGCUGUGCUCAGUGAAAAAUGCCACAGAAAUAUGUGUAGUGGGUUAGGUGGAAUUAGCCAGAGCUGGAUGCUGCCAGGUUUCAGAGCUGGGUGUUUCUCUGGUUUUAUUAUAUGGAGUGCAGCUUUUUGAAUGCAAGAACCAACUAUUAAAGGGAGGUUGACCUCUGUUAUUUCUCUGUUUGUACUAGUCAGACAAUUAAAUGCCAUUUUUAAGUGUAAGGGUUUAGAUUUGUUAAGUUUUAGUGCUGCAAAAUAAAGAAAACGCUGAGCAUAUUCCUUACCCACAGCAAAGACAUUGUCAACAUUCAGCCAAGCAGACGUCUCAUGGUCAGCCGGGGCUGAACACACACUGCUGUGCUGUGUGAAUGUCCUGCUACAGGAGAUAAGAAUGUGAAGGAGCAUAACCACUGUGAGUUCCAUUAACACAGACUGACAAGGGAAUCACAGGGACAUCAGGGGGUCUGGGAUGAGGCUGACAACAAUGCCACUGCUCUGUGCUCAAACAUCCCCCCAACCCCCCUCGCUCUCUUUCCCCCCCACACACGAACUGAGGGUGGCAGUGUGGUCACCUUCCCUCCUUGGCCUGGUUUCACACUGACAUGCUCGUCUGCUCUCCUGAAGGAAUGGCUUUAAUAAGGUAGCGCGGAUCAAGGCGACUGUUAAUGACAUGGCAGGGCCAGUCAACACGGCGCCCGAGGCCAUGGAUGGCCCCAGUCUGGUGCAUGCUGCUGGACGCUCGCUAUCUCAUGUGGGACACUCAGGACACUUGUCUGGAUGCUCUUUAACUGCUACCUAUCCUUUAAGUGGGCUGAGGAGCUGCACAGUGAAAUGAACCUAACCCCUCAUCUCUGAGCUGGUUAACUUUAUUUUACAGCUUUAUUCUGCGUUUACAGGCCAUGUACCAGAGCAAAGUUAAAACUGGAGAAAAAAGGUCCACAUCAACUGCAAAGUGGCUUAGAGACUCAACAUUUUGACAAUGAUGACCAUAUUAGAAAGUAUUAGAGAAAGGGUUGUCUUCUUUAUGUCCUUUCUUUAUUAGUCGAUUCUUUUUAACUGCCUCUAAACAUACUGAUUGUGAUUAAGUAGUAAACUAUGAGUUGUCAGGAAGUAAAAAAAAAAAAACUAUUUAAAUUCCUUUUUUUGUGAUCCAAACUAAAUCAUGUUUUGUUAGCUGUUGCACUAUAAACAACAAACUUAUAAUGCUCCUAUACCUGAAUGUAAACUGACACAGAUGACAGAUUGCAUUUGUCGCUCGGUGAAGUUGGGCAGUAUUUUAUUAAGAUAAUGUAGAUCAGGGGUGUCAAAGUCAAAUGGACGGAGGGCCAAAUAAAAAAUUUUGCUACAAGCCGAGGGCCAGACUGAUCGAACGUUCAUUGAAAAUUUUUUAAAUGACGCAUAUAGUCUAGUGAACCUAAUUGAACCUACUGAAAACCUAACAAAUAUAUUCCAAUAUGAUCAGAUAAAUAAAGCAAUAUUUUCUUAUGGCUCUGUCAGUAAUCUUUAAUUUUCAACAGACACAAAAGACAAAUUUCCUUUAUAUAAAAAUCCCCAUAACAUGAACAUUAAAUGAAAGAAACCGGUAUUAUUCAAGGCACCAUCAGUAGCCUAUAUUUUCUAUUUUAGCAAAAGUGGGCUAAAUUUACUUCAAAGAAAAAAAAAAUAAUAAUAGCAAUUUUCUAUCAUCCACUCAACUGAAAUAUUUUAAAAAUAUAAUUGGAUUGAAAUACAAUAAAAUAAAGUGCAAAAAUCUAUUAAUCAAAAACAACACUUUCUUCAAGGAGAAGUAACAUGCAUUUUUGAUGGGUAUCUGAAAGUUAAUUUUACUGUUAUGCUGACGACUGCUGUGCUAAUAAGCCUACUGCUCGGUGCGUCACCGUUGCAUUGUGGGAAAUGUAGUAUUGGUGCGUGUAAAAGAUCUGCGGGCUGCCGGCUUGCUGCGGUCUGCGGGCCGGUUCUAAUAAUAAAUCAAGAUCAUCCCAGGGGCCGUAAAAAACCUUCUCGCGGGCCGGAUUUGGCCCGCGGGCCUUGACUCUGACAUAUGUGAUGUAGAUGAAGUCAUGUGUGGGCUGUGUCUGGUUAGUGUAACCAGAGAAAUAACCAGCACAAGCAUUUUGGCAUCACUCUGCAUGGAGGACUGAUGGCUGGUGGUGCUAGCUCUGCUAACUCAAUCACGGUCUUUCUGUAAUACAUUUAUCCAACUUUGGAUUUUGUUGAAAUAAUAUUUAUGCUGUUUACUGCCUGACUAGCCAAUAAAGCAAGGACAAGACAACUGACAAAUUAUUUUCUGCAACUUGUGGUUUCUAGUUAAUUGAGGUAUAGGAAGAAAGAAAUUUCAGGUGGACUGAACUCAUGUGUUGUCAAAACUCUGUUACAAAGAUCAAGAACCAGGUCCCAUGCUCAGGUCCUCUCCAAAAUAUUAUAUAUUUCAAUAGCUUUUCACCUGAGAUAUAAAAAAAGGAAUACAAGAAGGGACAGUCACUGUUUAAGUGCAUAGAUCUACUCUGGAUCAAAAUGUGAGGGUCACUCACCUGAGCUGUAGAUUUAUUCUAGUGCAACCAAAUAUAUUGCUUUUACGUACAGCAGAUAAAAAGGUGUCAUCUGUUCUGUACCAAUAGCUAUCUUUACUCCUGGCCUUUAUGUCACCAUGGGUGUUAUUCUAAUUACCUUCAUAAGUGGUAUCUGCAGAUGACAGGAGUGUGUGUGAUCAGUAUUUAUAACAAAGCCUUAAGCUGCUUCUUUAUCGUCUGAACUACUGGUCACAAAGUGGAAGAACCACAUUGAAGAUGAGAAAGCAGCAAAGCGCUUUUAAUGUGAAGGCUGUCAGCUCCUCUCGCCUUCGUUUUUUCACCCUCUGAAGAGCACACGGCCUUAUCGCUUUAAUUGACUCUUUAUCUUUUUGUUAAUUUCCUCUUUAGUGCAUUAGCUCCCAUUCUACCUUUUGAUAUGUCAUUUAACAUUGGCUUUUGUAUGACUUGCAGGAAGAGGCUGUAUAGAUUACCAUAUUUCAUAAAAAGGCAGAUUUCUUUUUUUAACAGCACUUUUAAGGAGCUAAGCUGCUUCUUAAUUGUCUUCCUUGUCCAUUAACCUCUGUGGUAUUGUCUGUUAACCUUUUCCCUUUAAAUGAAAUACAUGACAUUGAGUCAAAGCUUUCUGAUGUAGAUGCUGCUGAUCUUCUUUUAUUCUCUACACACCCCAAAGCUCAUUUUGUGCAUAUUUAAUAACUGUGGUAAAAUUUCAUGUUGCUGUUUAUAGACUGGAGUCUUUAGAAAGGCAAACAGAGGGGACUUAAGGGAAGCAGGAUUUAACAGUUUGAUGCCUGUCGUCUUCCUCCUGGUCUAUGUUGGUCCUCUUUCCAUUCCAGUACACUUGCGACUGUAUAAUGAAUUAUGCCGAUGUUGAAUUAGCAUGUAGCUGUCGCUUCGGCACUGGUGCUUGCCUUGUGACAGGACCACCGUAGCACAGGCCUGUGUCUAGAGAAGGGGCUUCUACUGUGAUUUAUUAACUGCUAAAGCCACAAUGAAGUGUGCCCACUGAAGCACCAAUGCAAACAAAUAGAGGCCAGGGCUGUCACUGUAAAUUCAUGCAGACAGGCCAACCGCAGCCUGACCAGAAAGGGUUAAUUAUGCAAAAGCAUUUGGCUUUCAAGGCAAGUUUUUGAGCAUCGACUGAUUAUAGUAGGCAAGAUUACAUCACAGCUCUAUUUGCUACUAUAUGCUGAAUUUCAGUGCAAAAACAUUCAAAGACUGGCAUGUCUUUAUAAAAUCUAUAAAUGUGUAAAGAUUGUUGUUUUUUUAGUACACUAUAAUAUGCCAUAAAAGCAAAGAGGGAUGUAUUAUAAUGUCAGCAUACCAUCAGCAGAUUAUUGCGUAAAAAGUUGAUUAAUUAUCAGUAUUGGCAGGUUUAAUGUUUCUGUCAUUAUGUGCAGCUGAUAAGGGGAGGUAUUAAUUGUGUGCACAUGUUGACAUAUUAUGGGUAUCAUCAACAAGCUUCAACAUGUCAGCUGAUUGGCAGGAUUUGGAAAUGUCAAAAAUAGACAGCAGGUACGUGACUGAUGAUCUAUAGUUGGAAAAGAGUACAGUUAUUGUUUAUGCCUGAAUCAAAUGUUGUUCUCUAGUUGUCAGAAUCUAAUAGAGAAUUGUAGUUCUGGGUAAAAGAAAAAAGCUGUGUGUACAUUUGUAUUACCCAAAAUGAGUUUGAAAACACUCUCAUAUAGAAAAUCCAAUAUUGUACUUCAAAAAGGAGUGAUACCUCUAAUCUGAGGAUGCAAAAUUCUGAUUAGCUAAGUAAUGCAUCUGAAAUUGAAGUGUCAGUGUUUUUUAAUUUAGCAAAUUAAAAAAAUAAUGAUGUGAACUAAAUGUCUAAAACAAGUGUUAUACAUUAUUUUCAUUCAUUAUAAAGUCAUAAACACCUGUAAACAUGCAGCUAAACCCAACAGUAUUGAGCAGACACAAACCAACCGGUGGCUCACUGUCAUGGCUUUAUGGCAACACACAAGUUCUCCAUUUUACAUAAACACAGACAACGAUGAGUUUGAAAAUCUCAACUUUCAAAACCUCUGUUUUCAAUGACCUAACACUCAGGCUUCCCAGAGGCGCAAGGCCAAAACAUAAAAAAAAAAUCAUAUCCGCAUACAUAUAGACAGGGGUCUGAGUCUCAUGCGUCAUUACCAAAUGACAUCGCUAACAGUGCUAUUAGUAUUUAUACUCGAUAGGACCAGCAAACCAGCGAACAGCCUCACAAUCAGGCUGUUCUUCGCACACAUAUGCUGUUCAGUUCAUUAUACUUCCACACUUCACAAUUACCCCACAGAUAUUUCACUGACAUGAUCAUUUGUUCAGCACAGCUUUUUCACCAUUGAGCGUUAACAAAAAUACAGAUAGCCUGCAGAGUGUAAAUUUGUAUUGGACAGACGCAGAUAUUUGUCAUUGUUUAAAUGAAGAUGAUGCUGAUACUUGCUAACUUUUCUCCCUCUCUCAAAAAGCCUGUGUUUAAAUGUCUAAGGUUUUACUAGCUGUUCAUUAGCACAAUACUUAGGGUGAUAUUGCCAUAGAAAACUAAUAAAAACAUGACAGAUAAUAGCAUUCAACAUUUGUGCCCUUCACCCCUUUCAAACGUUCUCAGAAAUGUCAGGCUGGGUGCUAGUUGAUCUGCCUGGACAUGUUGUCACCUGACCGGCGUCAUUGAGUGUCACUUUCGGCUGCCUCUCCCUGUGAUGUAACACCGAGGAUCACAUUUCAGCGUCUGGGUGUAGAGUGGAGGGCCUCUAAAGGUGUCCACCACUUUGAACUGAGGCACCCAAUCUCUGUCAAAGGCCUUUAUGUUUGACCGUCUGUCUUGCUAACUGUGACAGAACAGCCCAACAUCAUUAAUUAAACAUCAGCCUCUCCCACAAUCACUGGAUCGCCAUGACAGGCAGCCAUGCCAACAGUCCCCAUUGACAUGCCUUGGAAAUCUAGAAGGGGAUUACAUAUGGUAAUGGUUUCUGACAGGCUGCCAUUUGCCUCUGUUAAUCUGAUAGGAUAAGAUAUCUGGACUGCAGAGCAUGGUGUGUUGUAACCCUUUGAGUCUGAUAUUGUUACGCUAUGAUAAAACUGACUAAUUUUGAAGACGCAAGCAAUGUCCUGGAAGAAAUCUUAAUCCUCUGACAAGCUUUUGAUGGGAUCCCAAAUAUUGUAACUGACUCAAACAUGUAUUUUUAGACCUGGAUCCUGCUAGUAUUUGCUGUCAAUUUCAAUAUUUCUCACAUUUAUGAUCUCCUGUCAUGUAUGGUGUGGUGAUGUGACAGACUAUAACAGACCCUGGUGAUAACACUUCACAGAGGAAGCUAGCUACGAUGCUAGCCCCAGGCUGCCAACACACCUUUAUUUUGCUACGGUUCAUUCCCGCCUUCAGAGAGAAGCUGAGUUUUUUUUUCUCUGCUCUUUGCUCAACUAAGACUCGUCCCAAAUAUAGAUCCACGCUGAAACAUUAUUCUACUGUUAGUAGUACAACCCCAGCACCAUAAGAGGUUAGAGGCUGUGAAAAGGAGGAUGAAAAAAGCAUUUGAUAGAUUGCAAAUCAUUUAAAGCAAGUAUUUGAUUGGAAAAAAAAGUAUUUCUAUAUAAUUUUAAAUUGGAUGCCAGCAGCAUGUUUCUGAGAAGUCCAGGCAGGAGCAUGUGCCUUUGUGUUGGCUCACCUCUUCUUUUAACAACACACUGUAAACAUUUGGAAACUGAAGAGACCAGUUCUUGGAGUUUUUAGAGUUGAAUUUUGUCCCAUUCCUGUCUAAUGUAAUAUUUCAGCUGCUUAACAGUUUAGAGUCUCUUGUUGUUUUUGUUCUUUUGAAUUAGUCAGGAUGUCCCUCUCCUCUUUGAAACAGCCGAUGAUUUCCAAAAAGCACAUCACAUGUUGACUUGUCAGACCAGAGGACAGUUUACCACUCUGUAUGCACUUUGUUAAUGCAUUUUUUGGUGUGAUUUUGAGCCCAUGCACUAUGUUUUCCUAAUUGUUCUGAAAUGUGUAGCUGGUGUUCAGUUUCAAAUGGACAUAUAUUUUUCAUAAAAGUGCAAUGAAAUUGGGGUUGUAGUUCUGGUAAUAUUUUAACACUAAUACCCAACUUCACAUGAGGCCAUGAGCCAAUCUUGUGGAAUGACUAAUAUAUGGGCAAUAGACAUGCUGGAAACAAGCAACGAGGGGGGAGAAAAGGGUUUAGGCAAGCUGCUCUCCCCCAAAUAGGGACGUAAAUCAUCUCAGAGCACGAUAUCCCGAGCUUAUCCUAAAAGAGCAAGUGCUUUUUCCCUCUCAGCGGUCUAGAAAUGAAAUAAAUAUAUCCAGAUAAACAACCAGACAGUUAAACAUCCACCUCUCCAAAAGCCAAUUGCCCUGGGCUUUUAUUAAAUAUCGAUUUGAUUUGUAAAAGGCCAGUUGCUGCGAGGUUAAAUAAAUGUCAUGUUUUCCUGGUCCAGUUUACUUUUCUUGUCUCCUCAGUCGGUGACAUUUUGUCUCGCCGUGUGUACACACAGCAGUAAAAACCAGCGACCAACUUGACCCAAUCCAUCUAUCCAGAGAUGCAUUUACAGGAAGACACACACAUCUUUCUUCUCAGCAUUACAGUUCAAUCCUGCAUGCCUUGUGUUAUCAGUAAAUUCAUCAGCAACCAAGGCCAAUUUGGGGAUGUUUUUCAUUCGUAUUAACUCAUGAAAUAAAGCAAAGCAAUAAAAGCCUGGUGCACUCCUCCUUGUAAGAAUUGCUUGUCAACAACAGCAGGAAGGAAUAAGGCGUCGUCUGACAACAAGCCAUCUUUGAAACGCCUCUGAGAGGGAAAUGGCAUCCAUUAGAAACAUACAGAAAAUGUGUGUUCACUGAAGGGGGGGUGGGGGUCCGAAUCACACACAGACACAGACACACAGAUAAUUGUUUAUCCCUGGGAGAACCUUCAGUGUUUGUCUGCGGGUGGCUAAGUAAGUUCAGCAGCACUAUUGGACAGGGAGUGUGCAGCAGACCCAAGGCUCGACAAACAUUAGGAUGAAUCAAUUAGGCCGCCAUUAGCCAAUAAAGUGGCCCUCACUGAGUCGUGUAAUUAUGACCCACAGCAAAGCCGAUUUUAUGGAGUCACAUUAUCCCUUUCUUUUCUUUAUUAAUUUUAUUUGUUUGAGAUAAUCCCCUUCAUGGUUUUAAUUAUGUGCUUUAGGUUCAUGGUGGAAUAAAUAAAUCAUCAUUUGCUCCCAUCCCUUCUGAACACUGUAGUUUCCUCCUUUCCCCAGACUGUUACCACUACGUCUGUCAUCUCUGCGAGGAUCACACUGAUUAGACGCUUAAAUUAAAAAUGAAUACAGUCACAUCCUUUUUGCGAGAUCCACAUGAAGCCCUCUCGGAGCAGGUUCCCGAUUAGAUUGUACGAUAAGAGACGGCAGGAAGAGCUGAUAUUAUAGGCAGCAGCUACUUAGCUUGUUCCCAGCACAGAGGACACAGUGUAAGUGUGACAAUGUGCUGUCAAUGAGGGAUGACAGUACACAGCCAACAUGGCGUAAUGUAUUGUUCCUUCCCGGGUCCCUCCUGACAGAUGCUCUCCAAGACAGCUGGAUCAGCAGCAUGAAUGGCGUUGGGAUCCAGGGCUGAGCCGAGGAAGUGAUACGCGGCUGAUUAGCGAGGGGAUACAUGUGUCAACAAGCAAGGCCUGGGGAUGGUGACAGAGUUUGUGUUAAUUCUCACUUUAGCGAACAUUUACCUGUUUACUCUGGAAACGUAGCUCUGUUCAGUGGAGUCAUUUACUUUCCAUCUGCACAUGAUCAUUUUCAUUCCAUCCCUCCAAACAAAAAAAGAGUCAGCUUACCAGUUGUUGUUUUUUUUUUUUCCAUCUUCAUCUAAGAGAUCUCCGAAGAACUGACCUUCUCUGCUACAGCCGCUCUUACAAGACAGAUGCUGGAGGUGCUUCAAGCCAAGUAAAAUAAACACUCAGUGAAUGUUGUUUAAGCUGGAGUUUGGCAGAAUCCAAUCGUUUCUGUGGACACAGGGAAUUAUAUGUUCCAUUUUGCUCUUGAGAUGUUUCAACUGUAAGAACUAAAGCCCAAUUUUAUACAAAACUCAUAAAAUGUCUAGACUCUCAGAUUCUUCUUUGGUUAGCUGAUCCUCUGUUCCUAUUACACUUCCACUUUGUAUUUAAGACAUUUUUUCAUCCAACUAUGAACUUACAGCAAAAACAUUCGAAGCAAAAACACAAAUUUGGAAAUGUAAAUGGAAGCAGAGAUGCUGGUUGAAUCAUCUUGAAGCUUUAGAGCUCUUUUUUGCUCCACCUUGAAACUUAAUGUUGCAUCUUAUUGUGUGAUUUGCUCAGAAAAAGGACUGUCCAUACCAUUGUAUGGGGUGUUGACAGUAACCAACUUUGAAGAAAAUGAAUAUUGUUAGCAUAUGAUGAUGCCAAGUGAGUUAUUUGUACAUAGUGGGUAGCAGCAGUGGUUCUUCAUGCUGGUUGUUGCUUAUCCCAACCUGAAAGGAAGAUGAAGAAGCAGCAGCUCAGUGAAGAAGACACAUUAACCGGCUAGUUCGCUACCUGGAGCAUCCCUCUGAAAAUUGAUCACAACAAACCUGUUUUAAGAUUUAUCAUAAAACAAAAAACAACACUCUAGUAGUCAACCAAUUGCAAUUAUAUGAGAAUAUGGUCAACAUAUACUGCUGAUAUCACAGUCAUGUCUUUUUUCUUUUUGCAGUUAAGAACUUUGAACAACCUAGUGAUGCUAGCAAAUGAUCAACAAAGUUACUGAAUACUGGUAAAAGUUUUAGUGAAUAAUUGUAGAAAUAAACAAAUAUUUCAUGCAGUAAAUUAUUACUACAGAAGACUUUUGUUGCUGCCAUCUUGAAUUAUUAACAAAGACCCAAAAACCAAGGUAAAUAUUGGGAUUCAAAUUUCAAAAAGUCAUGUAUAAAUCCAUUAUUUUAUGCACAUUAGAAUAAAGAAAAUUCAUGCUUAUCUUAGCCAGUACCAUUUUUCAAUAGAUUUCUAAUUAAUUGAAAUAACAUAAUGGUGAUGUUGGCCUUGUGAGGGCUGAUGUUUGUGUGAUUCCGUUUACUCAAAAAUGCACUUUAAUGGGCCAACUGAUGAAACAGUCUAUUACUACAACAUGUGCCUCUUUGGGCACUAAUACAGCAAACAUUUAUACUUGCUAACCCUCUUUUUGACUGUCUUCGUUUAGUUUUAUAACUUACAAUCUACUGCAAGUUGUGUGUGUGUGUCAUUUCAAAAUAUAACCCUGAUUUUACAACACAGUAAAUAAAGCAACCUAAACACACAAUAGCGUCAAAAUGAAAGGAUCACAAACUUUUUUUUUCUUGAGGUGAUCUUUUCAGCACAAGUCUUUACUGCAGCAGGUCGGUACCAAUGCAGUAGAUCAUGUCAAUGGAGACUGACAGAUAAAAGUAAUGAACUAAACCCAUGCUCAAAGAAAGACUCCUCACCAGUUUGGGGGAUUUUUUGAUUUCAUAACAAAGACAGCGAGCUUGUGGACAGCAUGAGAUGCAGAGUCUCACACACACAGAAGAAGACAGUGAGUGUUUGUUUAAUUAGAAGUUUCAGUCACUGGUGCCGACGUGGACAGAGCCGAGCUUUGAAUAUCGUCAGAAAUGGAUUAUGACAACAAAGUAGGAUGAUUGCAUUUAUUAAGGUAAUGAAGUGACAUGUCCACCCUUGUCUUGCUUUUCCUUAAUUUGAUUUUUCCCCAAUUGUUCUGUAAAUAUCUCCAUGAAAUCGUUAUCAUGAAUCAUUUUGGCCAUAAAAAAAUCUUUGGGUGAAAAUGUGAUAUCUGACAAGCCUGCUCAGAAUGAGUCUGUAUUUUUUUCUUCCAUUAAGAGUGUGCUGCUUUGUUUUCCCUCUAAAAGUGACUUCCAGAAAGUUCAGCUCAUUCUCCUCCGUGGGAUCUUGUGGUAUGCUCUUAUUUUAACACCCACUUUAGUUGGGUAUUUAUGAAGUGGUAACUAUAGAGAGAAACAGCCUCUCCAUACUGGUGAACGUUCAGGAGGUGAGGAGCAACGGGGGUCUUUGUUGAUGUACAUUAACCAAAGUCGACAGGCAGGUCUCCAGUUUCUGAUGUAGUGUGUAUGAUCAGGUCAUAACGCGGUUGCGAGUUGCAGCACUGUGUAGGUAAGGCGGGUGUGAGGCCAUCUGAGAUUUUAGCCUCAAGUCAGUCCAUACAUUACGGGAGUGAUGAAGGAGGCUGGGUAAUGAAACAGGAUGUUUGUACAGUCCUGCUACCCCAUGAGACCCCCACCACCGUCUUCCCCAACACUCAAUCUACCUCCCGCUGAGCUCGUGGCCUGAACCCCUGACCUCCUCCACUCACCAACAGUUGCCAUAUUUGCAUUUCCAGUCCACUUAAGGGCAAAAGGAGGGUGACUAAGAGACCCCCCUCUUUUUUCUCUGCUAGUACAGCAGGCCCCAUUCUCAUCCCAGUGACCCCCUGCCCAGGCCUACCACCCCGGACAGCAGUCUGGGGUUAAUGCACCAAGCACUCCUAUUGUCUCUGAAUUAAUGAAGUGCUCCCUGCCUGUCCCCUCUCAUUCAAAGACAACGAGACAAAUGACGAAUGGUAACGUUUUAAAUGGCUAUCGACACAUGCAGGGCGGAAAGUCACAGAGUCACAGCCCCUCUCAGCACCGAGGCCCCCCUAACAAAAACACCAGAUGCUGUUGAUUCGCUUUCGAUGUCCACUCUGGGAUCAAUUUGGGUCCUGGCUUCUCCACAGAAGAGUAGGUGUUUCAUAUUGAAAUGGAUGGUUUCUCAGAUGGAGGAGGAAGAGUCAGAGACUGGGAGUGUUUUCACCUCAGAAAAUGGAAGGUUGGACUCUGAGCAUUUGUGAAUGGCAAGGGAGACCUCUAGUGGAAAUGAGUGGUAUCAAAUUUUCAGAAGAUGAGUUACCAUCAUUGAUGAGUAUUUUUAAAGUGCAAGUUCAGAUUCUUGAAGAUGUGCUACCAUGAAGAAAGUUAUUAGAAUUAUGACAAUUAUAUUAAGCAUUAUAAGAGAUAUGUAAAGAACAGACCAUAAAAAACAAAAAGCUAGAAAUGUCAUCCAGGUGCGAUAAUGAGAGAAAACCUUCACAAAAUAUUCAAAUGGAUAGUUGUUUUACCUUAGUAUUAAAUACACAGAAUACUGACUGCUGUGCAUGCUGUAUCUGUGUUGAAUGCCCUCACAGGUAACUGUCAGAUCCAGAAAAAAAAACAAAAAACACAUGUAGAAGAAAAGAGAGAGAUUGGGUUUUGUUACAAGCUACGUUCUCAGGGCUGGUGACACAUUAAACAACAUGAAAUACGGUCAGAAAUGAUUAAGGUUUUGAAGUUGAUUGCAUUUAUAAGUCAAGUUUACUCAAGUUUACGAAGUGAGGUGUGUGAACUCCACCUGCGCUCUCCUCCUCUUGUGUCUCUGCUUCCUCUCCAUGAGGUGUCUGUCAGAGGGUCAGACUCAGUUGUUUUCCAUACAUAUGUAAAAUAUAUAUAUAUGGCAUAUUUAUAUGGCAUUUUCAGUUUGUUUAUUAUGUUGUGCGGCCCUAAUUUAUUUUCUUGGUUUUCACAUUAAUUCCUUUGUAUAUAAAAUCUUUAAAAGAAAACUUUCCAUUAAUUGUUCUUGUGAUAAAGCAUUUGAUAAAGUGACAUCUCUAUUUUAAUCAACAGUACUGUAAACACUGAAGAGUGAAAGGCUGUAUCCCUAAAAGGGAGAAGGUAACACAAGGGUACACUGUUUCAUUGCAGAGCUAAAAUUGGCGACUGAAGGCAUAUAACCAAAAAGAAAACAAGCAUUUGAAUUGGGUGACUUAAACUUCUUUCCAGUCAUCGUCUAAAUCUCUCCGUUUUGUGUGGUGCAGUUCAGUGAUGCCAUAGUUGAACACACACAUUCGUAAAAUACAUUUGGGUCAGGUUUGUAAAGGAAUUUGUCUUCAAACUAGAAAAACCAGACCAGCUGUGGUGUUAUAUCCACACACUGUACACUCCAUUCACAAAUCUGUCUUUGCUCCAUCACACUGCAUCCUUCAUGUUGAGCUGGUGGAUGAGUGGGUGCAGCUCAGCAGUGUCAGCCAUGUAGUCAGCCUCCUCCACAGCUGACAGCUUGUUACGGUGCAUCACACCACUGUAGGUGUGACCUUUAUGACUGACCUCUGACCUCCUCCUGUCAUUGCAGUGCUGAGUAUCCGCGGCGCCCAGGAGGAGGAGCCCCCGGAUCCCCAGCUCAUGCGCCUAGACAACAUGCUGCUGGCUGAGGGCGUAUCUGGUCCGGAGAAAGGCGGAGGCUCGGCAGCGGCAGCAGCUGCAGCAGCGGCCUCGGGGGGAGCCGGAGCGGACAACUCAGCAGAGCACUCAGACUACAGAGCCAAACUGUCCCAGAUCCGACAGAUCUACCACACAGAGCUGGAGAAGUACGAACAGGUGAGACAACUGACCCACAGCUUAUUGUUUUCAUAUUUAUAUUACAUACUGAUUGUUUCUGAAUGUGGUCAUGUUUAUCCAUACUUAUAUGAGUUAUUUCAUUAAUAGUAAGAAAACUUACAACAAGAGUAUACAAAAGCGCUGGCUUUGCCUAGCUGCUGCAUCAUGCACCCUUUGUCAUGUGUAUACAGAUUGUAAUCCUCAAAGUGGGCAUCCCUUUUAGUUUUAUAUUCUAUUUGUUCACUUAUUUUGCCAAUAUAGGCAUAAUUGACCCCAAAAACUUUUAAAAAGUCUGCAAAUCUCAUUUUGGAGAAGUAAUGUUGCAGCAGGCUGAACCAUCCUGACUUCUAGUAAUGUCCACAGGUGAUUAUCCAAUGAUGUCACAGCUAAUAUUUUCCACAGUGUUAUUGUUUGCAAUCUUUGGUUUCACACAUUUUUUUUUACAUUUAUUUUAUUUCAUGCCUUUAUGUAGAGGAUGGGACUGAGCAAGAAGAGUUGGAAGCAAUGUUCAGAAAAAGAUCCACAGACUUGAUCCGAAUCCCAGCCAUCCUUGUGAGGUGUAACCUCCUUAUAUUGGCACCAUCCCUAGACUGCUAGACCAGUGGCCCCCUUAAACACAUUUCUAGAUAAUGCUCACAUUGUUCAAACUUCCCAUGCCCAAGUUUUUAAUGGAGUUUUUCUGAAAUCACAGUGUGAAUUCCCCAAGCUUAAACUAAAAUUACCCUUCUGACAAAACUUUUGUUUACAGCUGCUCAUGAUAAAUUGCAAAAUAGGCCAGAAAACUGAACAAAUAUUAAGAUACAAUAGAUCAUAUACUGCAAUAAUCUUGUGAGAUAGAGGACCCUAUCUCGAUUCUAAAAAUGUACAGAUAGUACAGGAUUUCUGCUGGGUCUUAAAAAGUCUUAAAACAUCUAAAUUCCAAUAAUUUGAAUUUAAGGCCUCAAUAUGUCUAAAAUUCUCUUAAAACGUCAUAAAAUGUCUUAAAUAAAAAUUUGAAAGGUCUUAAAAAUGCAUUGAUUUGACUUACAUACUGUAUAUUGAAGGUAGUUUAAAAUGUUCCAAUAUACCUUCAUGUCUUUCGUACUUUUUUGCCAGUAUGGAUGUAAAAUGGAUCUUCAAUUGUACUCAUUAUGGUCUAAAAAAAGUCUAGAAUUUGAUCUGUUGAAACCUGGAGAAACCCUGAAGUAAAAUGUGAGGAUUUGCUGCAAUAGAAUACAACAUUUCAUAAUGAUAUUUUGGUCUUUUGGGAGCUGUGAUUGUCACGCCCCAAAAACACAGUCAUAUCACAAAAUAUCAAGUGGUAAGCCAGGUACACUUAAAUAUUUCCUGAAUGUACAUCACUGUCAGAAAGAAUUCACUUUAGGUUGCGUUCCCACCCCAGAAUAGUCCAACAUGUGCAGCCUGUUGUGUGUCUGUGUGUAUUCCAAGUAUAGUCUUGAAAGUCUGUCGGAGGGGGGGAAUGAUUUCCUCUCAUUGCCUUGAUAACCGAUGCAUUCCCGACAAUAGCAUGCCGCUCAGAUGAAUGUGAGUAAGACAGAUGAACACGCAGAUAGACAGACACAGGCAAAGCCUGACACGGCUAAAUCCAGAGAGAAAUCGACAGAAGGAGAAGAAAUAAAGAAGAGGAGACAGUAAGAGACGCAGAGUCGGAGUGUAAUAUCGUGGCAGAUUCACGCCUGGUGUCACACGAGGGGGGAUGAAUGAAACGUUGUGGCGUGUUCGUCUCUCAGGGUGGCUAUGUUGUAAAAGUGUGUGUCUGCGAGGGGAACAGCUGUCAUUGGUUUCUCUCAACACACUGCCAUCACCACUUGUGUUAAAUAUGAAAUAUAUCAGCACUUAUAUUCCCCCUUGGCUCUGUAAGAAGAACACUUGGCCCAGCACUGCAUUGAGCAGAGCUGGAUUUCUGCUUUCUUUUAGAUUUCUUUCUUUAGCAAAUUUAAAAGACCUUGUGUCACGUGUGUUUUUGUGUAUUUGUACUGAGCUGAAUUUUCUUUAGCCACAUAGACAAAUUAAACUCUUACGCUUAAGGACCUCAAGGGGGGUGUUUUUGUAUCUCUUCUUUUUUAAUACUCCUCUGUGUACCUUCUUCUUACAGGCAUGCAACGAGUUCACCACCCACGUGAUGAACCUCCUGCGAGAGCAGUCACGCACACGGCCAAUUUCGCCCAAAGAGAUUGAGCGGAUGGUGAACAUCAUCCACCGCAAGUUCAGCUCCAUUCAGAUGCAGCUCAAACAGAGCACCUGUGAGGCCGUUAUGAUCCUGCGCUCUCGCUUCCUCGAUGCCAGGUGUGUGUCCUUGUAUACACAUUUCCAUUCUGCAAAUCAAACACACCCACCACGCUCAGAGCUGCAAAUAACCUCCCAAUUUAACAACACUGCAAAUCAUCAAGCGCUUCCCUUGCAGCCUGAUAUCCAUAUGAAUGGCUGGUGUAGGAGGCCUAUCAUGCUAUAAACAUGCUGUAGCACAUGCUGUUUUGCUACUGACCAAACACACUGGACUGGUUUGCAGCUAUGGAUGCCAUUUGGACCAGAGUACCCUGCGACACCGGCCAACAAGAGUUCCCUGCCUGUUCCAUAACACUAACUAUUUCCCUUUUUUUAAUGUAAUCGCUUGUUUCUUUUGAUGCGUGCUUCGGAUUUGCAUACAUUUCUCCAAGGAUAAAUGUCGCUCAAAGUCGGAGUUGGAGGCAAAACAUUUAAAUGAGGCAUACGCUCCCUUACAAAGCUCCCUAUCUAUUCUCUUGCAAAUUAUUGUGGUGGAGCAGCAGCAGCAGCAUGGAGGGGAAGGGAAAGGGAGAGGAAAGCUUUCACUGGUUGAGAGGCGCUGCCAUGUUCGGCUCGGCUGAUUAAUCUACUGGCUGCUGGAGCCCAUGCUGUGCACAUUUACAUAUUGUCAAGCAGGCUUUUGGAGUGGGGGACAGAGAUUUUAGCACAAAUCUCCUCACCGGUGGGUACAUGCGUGGAGAUUUUACAGGGUUCCCCUCCAGCUUAUGUAAAGCCCCCUUUAGAUGUGGCACAUGCAGACAUGACCUGAUAAGUGCAGAAGAUAGGAGGUCAGUCAACUCAUGGGUAUCAGCAUAUGACAUAUCUGUCUGCGCUAAGGUGUUGUGUGUCAGGAGAAGGGUGAUGCUUUCUCAAGGUAGUCUCAAGGUUUUCAUGUGGAAAGUUGUAUUAGAAAAGAAAAGCUAAACCUUUAUAAAGCCGAUGUUUGUUUUUAGUCCCAUUUACUCGUCACAUUUGGAGUUAUGUAUCAGGUCAAAUGAGGGACAUUUUUCGACAAAUAGAUCUGAUGGUAGCGAGAGGAAAGCCUGUCAUCCGACUGGUGGAAUUACAUGAACACAUGGUCCCUGACAUUUACGCUUUUGUAUGAUACUUCUUAUGCUUCCAAAGUUUGUUUUGAAUGCAAUUGAGGUUUAAUUAAAUUUUUAUAUUAAAAUGACAAUGAAACAAAAAGACAGCCAACAUGAGGGUUACUGGGAGAAAGCUGAAUAGAAAGGAGCAUGUGGCACUUCAAUAACAGUUUAUUUCUAACUGACCCAUCACUGUGAUGCAGAAAACCACAUUCAAGCAAAGGCUAAUAUGUGAAUGAAUAAUUGAACAUACUGCGAGGUAUCUCGUCUUGAUGCUGAGUGCUCUCGCUAGCCGCUGUAGUUAUUUUCAAAACAGAAAUAACCUCAGUCUGCACUGAGUUGAGCCUUUUUUAAUCAACCUAAUCAUCGGAUUGGCUUAUAUAGCUCUAUGCCUGCCUUUUUUCUGGCUCAGAGUCUAAAAAGUGUUUGAGUUUUAGUGGAUUUUGAGUAGCUUGUAAUGGCCCUCUGUGUGCUAUUAUUGCUGCUGCUAAUUCUAUUUUCAGUUUCUCAUAAACGGAUCUGUAGUGAGCGGUUCUGAGCCAAAUUGUUCCCCAGAGUGCUGACAAAGUGUCUCAAAGCAAAACUACAGCUGAAUUUAAAGUUUCUUAUGUGCCAGAGGUUUAAACAAAGCAAGUAAUGUGCAUCAGCACCAAGACCAUGUGGACCCAAGGAGACCAGCGAAGACCAGUGUGUAUCAUGUAUGCAAACAAAAUGCUCUCCUUUGAUUAGUAAGGAAACCAGUAGUUUUAAUUAUCAGACGUGGUUAAAGUGGAGCCCUUUUCAAGCAAAAAAACACAAUUUUUCAGAAGAGAAUAGAGUCAAAUGUUAUUGUUAAAAAAUGAAGGGAUAAAAAAUGAUUGGAUCUUUUGAAGGAAUAUAUGUACAACACAAAACCUAAUAGAUAUCUAUUCUGUUGUUUGCUCAGGAUCUGUUACAGACAGAAUCAGAAUCGGUUUUAAUCACAAGUAGAUUUUAAACAAAGCAGAAAUUUGUGACAGUGUUUUGGUGCAAAAAAGAUAAACACAGAAGUACAGAUGCAAAAAAAUAUAUUCUAUACAUAAAUAAGAAAUGUUAAAUAGAAUAACUGAUGUCAAAGAACCUCAAACAGGAUAGGAUAAAGUAUUAAAAUAAUAAAUAACUUAAUCACAGAACAUGUAAAAAGAAAGGUAGUUGCAGAAGAGAGGUGUGUGGAUGAGUGUGUAAGAUGACAGUGAGUCCACGAUCCAACAGUAUAAUAACAUGAACAAUGUACUAUGAAUAUUACCAACAUGCAGUUCUAAAGUCCAAUGUGCAUUUGAGUGAAGCUAUAGUCUGGUGUGUAGUCUUAAUACUAACAACAUAUUGAGUGACUCUGAGGUUGCAUAAGAGCCUGAAUGUUACAUGGGGAUGUGGUUCGGGAAGAAACUGCUCUUGAGGGGAAAGGUUUUGGUUCUGAUGGACUGCAGCCUUUUCCCCGAUUGGCCACAAUCUUCAUUUAGCAAAUGCAGAAAAACUGUUGUAGAGAUUUAAGUGUUGUGAAGAGAUUAGAGGGAAGACAUGGUCAGCAUGAGGCCUGCAUGAUAUGGGAAAAAUGUCGAAGAUGCAAUUGCAUUGUGUAUAACAGCUUGUAACUCAAAGUUUUGUCAUCUGUCUGCUGCUCUUAAUGCUUGACAUGAUACUUGUGUUUGCAACGUGUCUCUUAAAUCUAAAACAAAUCCAAAACCCUUUUAACCAUUAAUUUACCCUUAAAUUUGCUCCAAUCAGUAACCAACAAAUAGUUUGAUCCUUGUAAGACUGCAACAAAAUGGUGUGAAAGCAUCACUACUAUACUCCAUAAGGCCAUCUCGAGAAAGCAAUGCUUGUUUACAUAUGAUAACAAAAUAACAUCCCAGUCUGCAUUAUACCCCAUCAGAGUAAAAUCUUUAAUAGAUUUGUUUAACAGAUUUUUAGGAGCACUCCUCUGUAACUCAAGGUCCUGUUUCCAACCCGGCCCCAAACUCAGUAAAUCAGUUUAAUAACAGUCACCUGUGUCAGUCUCAAAGAUCUGAUGUCUCUGUUAUGGCCAAUUUAAUGGUGGAUGGUAUUUUUAAUAAAAGUACACAACCAUCUCUGUUAUCAUUUAGUCAUUCCUGUCUUGACUCCUUUUGUUUCUCCUGCAGACGGAAAAGACGAAACUUCAACAAGCAGGCAACAGAGAUCCUGAAUGAGUAUUUCUACUCACACCUCAGUAACCCAUACCCCAGUGAGGAGGCCAAAGAAGAGCUGGCAAAGAAGUGUGCCAUUACAGUUGCCCAGGUACACCACAGAUCAGUGCUACCCCAACACUGCACCACACUGUCUGAGGGAAAAACAGCUUCACAUAGAGCUGUGAGAAAAAGCACGGCUCUAGUCUGAAGCAGCCGUGAGUGUCUUGGCAAGUAACCUAAUAAUACGUUUUCUGACUGUCAUGAGUACAGACAGCUCCUCUGAUCUUUUAGCAGUACCUUUCAUUGAGACAACAAAGGUACUCAAAGUAUAAAUAUGCCAUGUCAUAAGUUUGUCAUCUUGUAAUUCAAACCAGACAAAGCUAUUUUGGACCAAUGACUCUUUGUUUCCAUUGAAGUCACACAAACUAAAGACAAGACUGCUGUCAUUACUGCUAACUCAUCAUAUGGUGGAACAAAUCGUCUCAUAAAACUCUGAUAUGAUUCACUAAAAGUCUGAACCAAAAACUGUCACUAUAAAUAAAAAAUUACCUCCCAUGUUCAAAAUUGAUUUACAGAAAACUUGGUUUCACUUCCUUUUUUCAAAUUCAUAUCUUUAUGCUAAAAAAGUGAAACUAUAAAUUGAUUCAUAAGAAAGAUCAGUGGGGUAAUUCAUUGUGAAACUAACAGUUUCAGCCCUACAGUACAUGGAAGUAAUUAGAAGGACCAUUAGCCUCUGAAAAUUAGCACUGCAGUUAUCAGAUGCACUAUAAAUCUAACAGUAACUUCCCAAACAUCCAAAUACAUUUAGAUGUUUGUGCCAAUAAUGCUGACGAACACAAAGGGUCAAAUAUUCAGGCAACUUGUUUUUUCAUUUUUGCAUUCUAGCAUCAAGUUGUUUCAAUCCUGUGAGAAUUGAUAAUACGAAAAGCAAUGACAACACCAAGGUAAACAGCAGUUUGUGUUUUGGAUCCAUCAUUUGGGAAUGGAUUGUUUUCUCAAUUGGUUUCAUUAAUUUAUACCAAGUGAUUGGAGGGUGCAUCUGGGUCUGAUUGAGAGAGCUGCUCAGCAGCUGAAUGAUUUGUAGAGUUUCUGUUUCUUGGCCAUAAUAAAGGCGAAUGUUUACCUACUCUGUGUAUUGGAAAGUUUGCAGGAUUGAUUUGGUUUUCAUUUUAAUGUUGUUUAUCAUUAGUGCUGGGAUUACCCCCCUGGCUUCAUCUGGGAGUCCAUUAGCAGUAAUGGGUGUUAGCGGAUGUUGACUGAUUGGUGCUUGCGUGAGUUCUGAUGAUAGCUGCAGUCAUGGUGACAUAAUGAGACUGUUAUUGGCAAUCAUUCCACUCUGGCACUAAUGCAGAUUCACAGCACCAGUCUAUGUAGCCCCUUCUUCUUACAGAGGCUCUCUGCAGUGUUACACAUGCCAUUAAGGCCAUGCAAGCUAAACACUACCCUGAAUUCUCGUAAUGCUUGCUCUCUAAUGUGGAGAGCCUCUGUGUGUCAGGAUUGCAUGAGAGUUAAACUACCUUCUCUUGUUUGUCUGCUCAGGUUUCCAACUGGUUUGGGAAUAAAAGAAUCAGAUACAAGAAAAACAUUGGUAAGUUCCAAGAAGAAGCCAACAUGUACGCUGCGAGAACUGCCGUGAAUGCGGCUAAUGCAUCCUCACAUGGAAGCCAAGCAAAUUCACCCUCAACUCCAAACUCUGCAGGUGAGACAGGAAGUCCCUGGCUCUGCUCAGCUUUUAGCCAUGUACCUCCUCUCUGUCCUUUUCUACGGUUUGGCAACUAUUGCAGUGUAUCAGUCUGAAGCAGUUUUAAUAUUGGUGCCAGUGAUUUAAAAGGAUUGAAAGAGUUAAUACUAAUGAAAAGGCAGUUCUUGUGCAAAGUACAUGCCUUUCAGUGUUAUUAUAUUGAACAAGCACAACUUCCCCAUUAGAGGAAAGCUGUGUCAGCAAUAAGGCAACCUGAGCCCCAUGCCAAGUCUCCUCCUUUCGUCCUCAUGCUAACCAUAUUCUUCAUGUAUGACUUUUUCAAGUCUGUCUUCAUCAUACCCCUGUAAUGACAUACUGCUGUUAUUCUACUGUCAACAAAUCACAUAAUACCAAAACAUCAGCAUGAUAGGCUUAUUUCUUUGUGCUGUUGGGUUUCAUUGUUAUCAUCAAAAUAAUAUAUUUAAAUCAUGGAGGCCCACAGCUUUACUGGGCAGUUUCUUAAAAAAAUAUAUAUAUAUACGGUAAAAUGAUUUUUAGUGAGUCAAUCUUACAUGUGAACAUUUAAGAGUAGUGCUGAAGAUAGAAUACAAAAGUUGUAGUUUUUGUGUAUGAUGAGAUUUGUUGACAAUAAAUCAAGACAGAUUAAAAAAGCUCUCCCCCUAUCUUUUGACUUAACUUUCAUCUUCAGUAUUUGCUGUCUUAUCAGGAGUAGGAACAAGACAUUUAACCAAGCGUAGAAUAAGCAUUGGAAGCACGAACAUCUAGUGUGGAUGAACAGAAACACCUUAUAUGCACACAACCCCAAUUCCAAAGAAGGUGUGUCAUUGGACUGGUGUAAAACUGCAGACGAACUGUGGAUGCCAUUAUCUACAGAACAUACCGUUAUAAGAUUCAAAGAACCUGGAUCUUUGUACAAAACGGACAAGGCAGAAAAUUAAACUGAAAGGCUACGAUCUCCCUGCUCUGAGACAGUGCUGGAUUGAAAAUAGACCUGACUCUGUGUUGGAAAUCACUGCAUGGGCUCGUCAGACGAGCACAGCUUAACACUGUGUGCACUAAUGUAGGUUAAAACUGUCACAUGCAAAGAGGAUAAACAUACCUAAACAUAAGCCAGAAACACCAACAAUGUCUCAGGGCCCAAGUCCAAAAAAAACCAAGAUUGACUUAGUGUUUGAAAAAACUGCCUUGUGGUCAAAAUUUGAAUCUCUUAAGGAAACUAUGGACUCUGGGUCACCUGCUCUAAAUGCUUGUUAACAGCUCACAGUUCAAAAGCCAGCAUCUGUGACGAUUUGGGGUGGCAUAAAUGCCAGAGUCAUGGGUAGCUUACACAUGUCAGGGGGAUACUAUUGAUGCUGAACAAUAUACAGAUUCUGGAGGUGCCCUUUAGACGGCGCCUUCUUUAGGAAGCACUUCACAUAUGACAGUAUGACAAUGUCGAACUACACUCUACAAGAAUAACAAUGGCUUUGAAGUGCAAGAGUCUGGAUGCUAAACUGACAUGCCUGCAGUCCCAACUCGUCGUACUAUAAUAGAUUAUCAACAUUUUACCCAGUUUCCAAACUUUUUUUGAAUUGGGGUUAUUCAGUGUUUUAUGUUCUGUCCUGUUGUACCAAGUAGAUUCAAAAUCCCUGCAAGUUGGAAAAGGGUAAAUAUUGGAAGAUGCAUUUGUCACAUUUAACUAAGCUAAGCUAGCAGUUCCCCUCAGUAUCCUGCACUUGUACUAUGCUAGGCUGCACACCCUGAGCCUGCUUCUGUGCUUGAUUCUGAAAUAAAAUUUCAUGACUAUUAUCAUCUCUGUUUGUAGUUUUGUGACCAUUUAAACUUUUGGUAAGACAGCAACAUUUGGACUGCUUUUUGAAUUUCCUCUGUUACCUUUGUCCUAACUCAGCCUUGAAUAACCUUUUAAUAGCACUAAAAUGCAAGCUCCUCUCUUAUUUCUAUUUCUGAAAGCUAUUGGAAAAAAACAAUCUUAAGUCAGUUUACAGGUCUUUAUCUCCUUUUUCCUUAAUUUGUUUCCUCUUGGCUCCAUCUCUCUCAGCUAACAGAGCCCGUGUAGCUACCAACUCACUUCUGCAUGUGCUUGAACUUGCUUUAGCCUGCUUGCUCUCUGUCUCUCUGUGAUUCCACUGCUCCCUCUCUCCUUUUAGGUUCUGCUGGCUCUUUUAACAUGUCAAACUCCGGGGACUUGUUCAUGAGCGUGCAGUCUCUCAAUGGGGACUCAUACCAGGGGGCUCAGGUGGGAGCCAACGUGCAGUCACAGGUAGGGCUACUAGCAGCAUAGCAGAUAAUACAGGGGUAGAUCCAGCUCACUUCCCAGCAAAACUCUCUCAGAGCAAAUAUUUCGACUUGUCAUACUCAGGUGUAGAUGAUGGGAAUAAUUCAUUAAUGCUGUAUAAGACAUAUCAAAAUAGCAAGACAUUUCAUAACUUGAUUGAGUUUAGCUAUUCAUUCAUGUAGGUGCUUUAACCUCUUUAUCACAGAUUAAAUGCUGGUGUUUUGUUCAUUUCAUGACAAACUGCCAUGUCAACUCAAAGGUCAAGCAUUUAUCCUUCUUAGAGAAGCUAAUGCUGUUUUUCCCAUUUCACCAACAUUGUUUGAAUGCAGUGCUAUUUUGCAAGAUUGGCCUUAAAACUUGGCUUUAUGACUUAAUUGUUCUAUCCACAAUAUAUAGCGCUGACAUAGUUUUAGUAGCAUCACUCAUCGGUUUCUGAAGAUGGGUUUUGAAGCCUGACAGCCACAGUUGCCAUAUUAGAAAAUGAUGACCCAACCUACCUUAGGUAAACUGAAGAAAGGCAAAGAGAUGGAGUUUAGGCAGGCCAUUCAGCCAUGUCCUACUUCUUAACUCUACUCUCAUAAUGUGACAACUUUCCUGUAGAGUUCGUAGAGCCCUAACCCCCUGUCGUACUCCUUGGCUCGAGUGAAACCUAAAAUUACAAGCCUAGCUAGCAUAAAUAGACACUUACCCCUCAUAGAGAUCAAAUUGGUGUUGUUCCCCAUAGCAGGAAGCUAACCCAACACUCUAAAAACCAUUAGCAGACAAACAGCCCAAAUGGAACAAAGCCAUCAUUAUAGCUCACAAACGAAGCUAGUUUUUUUUUCCUGUCGUGAUGAGUCAAAGUGUCUGUCAUUAGAGAGAGGACUAAACAAGCUUUUUCUGGCUCCACUAAAGCGCUCGUCAAAGUCUCAAGGGCAGAAUGUGCUGACUGUGUGAAUAGCUUUUAUUCAAACUUGUAAAAAGCAAACAUUUUUAUCCUGAAUUCCCCUUUUGUUUGAUGGACCUUGUUUCCUCCAAGGAUGUACUUGCAGCAGUGUACUCUUGUUGUCUCUCUUGUUGUCUUGUCAUCCCUCCCUCUUUUCUCUUGUGUUUCUCUUGUGUUGACUCUGACCUUGCUUUGUUUGUUGUUUCUGGAUGUUUCAGGUGGAUACCCUUCGCCAUGUUAUCAGUCAGACAGGCGGAUACAGUGAAGGACUCACAGCCAACCAGAUGUACAGUCCGCAGGGCAUCAAUGUAAGGAUUUUUUUUUAAAGUCUUUCUCUCUCUACCAAUUAUUUUGAAGCCAUAGGGCUCAGAAUGCCACUUAGUAGGACUUGUCUCUGCUCCAUGGUCACCUAGUUGAUUGCUUCUGUAUCGCUCGUGCCAUGGGCAGCGCCAUGCCCGGCGUAUGCUAGCAUGGGGCUGGCCACACACAUGCAGGGCCACUGUCUGAGCCUGUCACCUUGGAUCAAUUCCAGCGUAGCACCUGCAGCCACGUACAGUCAGCCAUGAGCAAACUGCACAAACAGGUGACACAUCCCUCUGACCACCUGACCUAUGAUUAGCAGCCCCAAGGCCAGAAGCUCCCAUUAAAGCCUCAUGGGAGACAAUGCCGCUGUCCCGCUAAAAACCUCUCGCUGCUGGAAACAAGUCCUCAUGUGCCAUAGGGGUGUGUUCCCCUCAUGUUUGUCUUAUUUUGAAGCAGAGUUCGGGGUAAAGAAGCGGGGGUUGUGAAGGGGGGGUUGGGGGUUUUGCUUGCUGGCGGCUGCAAACAGUAGGGAAAUUCAUAGCGACAAGCCGUGUCGUAAAGGGGAAAAUCGAUAAGACAGACACAAGGAGAGCAGAGUGUGGACUUGGGACAGCAAUCCAAGCGCAUUGCUCAGAUCAUGUUCGUGCCACACUAAUGGCCCUGACAGCGAGCCGCGCUGAGAGGACGAGGACGGUCACAGCCGCGGCUGGGUUCCUCCGCUGUCGUCGUCGUUGUGCCUCAGUGGCCAUAUGAUAAUCAGAUGAAAUGUCCCCCGUAUAAAAACAUGUAUGUGUAUUCAAAUAGGCUUCCUGGCUGCUCAAAGCACAUCCCGCAGCCAGCUGUGCUAACCCUGAGAGGCCGCUAACGUAUUCAGGCCCUGUUCUUCCUCAGUCCUUUGACCUCACAGAUACAGUUCUCCUUGGACGCCUGCUUGCUCUACCACAUCUUACACUGCCACAAUAUGCUGUGUUAUUCACUUUUAUACCCUGUAAAGAAGCUCUGCAAUGCAUAAUGUAAAAGCGGGAUAUCUGCCUGGCAGCCUGUUUGCCUGUGAUUUAUGUGGCUAGGGCGAGUGAGUUAGGAAUUUUGGCUCUUCACUCACUUUUUAUUCUACAGUGUGUGCUUCUCUGAACAGUUUGAUUUAUUUUUCAAAGUAAUAGUAUUUUAUGCCAUAGUGUUAAAUCUUUUAUGGUGUUUCACAUUUAUCAUCACUAUCUUUUCUCGCUGGUUUUAGGUCCUAUAAAAGCACCAGGUGUGUUGUAGGGCUGCUUGAUAGUAGCAAAAAUUACAGUCACAAGUGUUUUGACAUUGAAUUUACUUUCUUUAAACAGAGUUAUUCAUUGAUUCAACAAUAUCUGCAUCAUAAGACUUCUCUAAACUGAAGCAAACCAAUUAAGUCAUUAAGUGAAUAAAUAUAUACUAGAGUGAUGUCGUAAUCAAAUCACUUGGAUAAGCCAGUGAGUUGAAAAAGAUGACUGCCAAGCUUUGAUAAACAAAAAUAUAAUCAUUUCAUGUUACAGUUCAUGUUACACUAAAUCACUAAAUUGAAAUUAAAAAUUGAUUGAUUGCCCUCAGGGUUUAAAAUAUAUAGUUUUUUUUUUUUUCCCACUGCUCACUCUGUCCCUCUGCUUUACUAUCACACAUACCUGUAUACCAGACUGCCAGUCAUGUCCUGGCGAAAGCUCCCUCUCCUCCUCACUCCACAAACUGAGGUAGGAACUUUUAGUAGGACAGACUUAGCGCCACAAAGGACAAAAUUUGUGAAACAGCAGAAGCCAGACUGGUUGUAUAAUCUGGAUUAUCUUGUUUUCACGAUCGUGUUAAUUCAAAAUUGCAAUUGAAACUCAAUAAUUGCCCUGCCCUAAAGAUUUAAACUAAGCACAAAGCUUUUUUUUUUAUUUACCUAGAAAGGGUAUACUAGAUAGCUUUAAGGUCUCAUGUGAUCUUUAUUAUCUCAACAAAAAGGCAGUCACAGGAAAUCAGAGAAAACCUAAAACCAGAAUAUAUGACUGAAGCAUGAAACAAGUGAUAAGAGAGUUGCAAGAAACUCAUUUUGUAAGCUAGAAGUGCUGUAAAAUGACUGAGCAGAUACAGAAUACAUGCUGAGGAUGAUUACAGCUGCAAUUACAAUCCUGAAACAGGCCAAGCGCCCCUGAAGUCAGACAUCCUCCAGUUCAACCCCUCCAUUUGUGAUUACACUCCUCUGCCUCAAAUCACAGGCUUUGAAAUGAAAGGCUGCCGAGGACCAUUUCCAGUUUUUCUGACGGAUUUAAAUUUACUAUUAAUAUCCUGACUGCUCAGUAACAGCUCUGUCUCUGCGAGUGUAAAGGCCGUCUAUGGCUCUUAUUGUAUGUUAAUUCCUGCUGUCAGCUGCAUAAUUAGUGCACAUGACAUUGAUUGCUCUUGUUUUGUUUCAGAGGUCUUUUCAUAUAAUUUACGCAAAUUCUACAUGUUAUUUAUAAUGACAGUGGCAGGCAUUUAUUUCAACACAAAAAAUUUGUUUCAAUGUGAGUUUCCUCUCUGUAUUUUCUUCAUUAUAUGAAUUUGAGGGUGCAGUGGAUGAUGGGUGGAGACUGUAAUUCACUCCAUUUCUGCUCGGUUGAAUUUUUUAUUCCUUAUGUCAGUCUUAUUCUGAAAUAUAAGCUGUAAUUUGAGCCAGGUUAGCUUUUCCAGCAAUCCAGAAGGCAAUUUAGCUUAAGGCUGUGCUGCAGAAGUAUCCCAGCAUACCACAGUGUGCUCAUACACCACCCCGCCCGUAGGACUACCAUCGAGUGUACCUCAUUGUGUUUGACCCAGCAGUAGUGAAUAAUGAAUAUGAAAGUAAAAGGACACCCCCCCCCCCCCCCCCUUUCUGCUCUUCUCUCUCUUCUCUCAGGCAAACGGUGGCUGGCAGGAUGCUCCGACCCCCUCAUCAGUGACUUCACCCACAGAAGGACCCGGAAGCGUUCACUCUGACACCUCCAACUGAUCCUCCACCCCCUCACUCCUCCAGGUCCUCUGCUCCCCUGACUUCCUCCACCACUGCAACCCCGUCAAUAUCUCUAAAAACUUAAACCCCAUUGGGAGUGGAUGUGACGUACUGUGUGUGGUCACAGCAGGACACAGUUGGGGUCUGGGAUGACGCUUUCCCCUCAAACGGAUGAAUAUUUCACUUUUCCUAUCUGGACCAUGGCAGCAGCACUGCAAAGGGGACUCAUAUCCACACUUCACAGUUUGUACAGUUUCCACUUGAUGUCCAUGUUGCCUCUUUGUAUUUUCUCUUACAUUAUAUAUUCACACAGUAGGCACAGUUAGCAGCAUAAUUCCCCACGUCUUGUAAAUUGAGAUGCUUUCACACUACCUCGAUUCGACAAAUAACAACAGAGAAAACAGAUUUCAGAUGCUUUGCUUUUACAAACUUUUAUAAUUAUUAGGAUUUUACUGUACACCUCACCAUGCCCUGUCAUUACACCUCUGCCUUUAUUACUGUAGUCACACAUUUUGUUCAUAUAUUGUGCUAAAGUUCAACCUUGGAGGUGAAUUUUGAUAAUAUGACAUUAAUUGUGUUUGUGUCUUGUCCGUACAUUUCUCAUGCCAAAAUUUUGUGAAGUACAGCUAUGUUUGUCCACUCAUAUUUGUCAGGUAAUAUUCAAAUAUUUAUCCUCAAAUAAAUUAUAGUUUGUACACAGGAUUUCAACCCCAAACAGCUACAUGUAAGGCUUUUUAUAUUUUAUUGCAAGGUGCAUCUCAACAGAGUAGAAUAAUGUUUAAAAAAAGAAAAAUAAUCCUUGUAAUUUAUUUUGAAAAUGUGACACGCACAGAGAAAUAUUUUAAAUGAUUUUUUUUGUUGAAGUUUUAAUAAUUAUGGAUUAUAUGUCAUGAAAAUGACCAAUUCAGUGUUUUAAAACUGUUGGAAUAUUUCCCCAAAAAAUCAAAAAGAGGAUUUAAAUACAGGAAUGUCAAACUUCUGAAAAUUACUCAAUACUUGGUUUGGCCCCUUGAUCAUGAAUCAAUUUCUAUUUUGUUAAGAUGUACCUCUAAAUUUCUUGCCCCACAAAAGUGCAAAUGAUACACAAUUUUUACACAAGCAAUUAUCAAAAUUAGCGCAAAGAGAGCUAAAUGCAUGCAUAUUGGCAUCCACAACAUUCAAAGACAAAGUGACUUUAAACCCUGAAUCCAUGACAACAUCAGCAGCAUUUACAGUACGUCAGUAUGUAAUAAAGCACAAUAGCACCUAAUGAUUCAACUCAAUAACAUUUGUAAAUGUCAGAGAAUACAAUACAGAGGAAAAUAUUAACAUUUAACUAAAGAGGUCAUGUAUGGAAGACAGAGCGUUUUCACGCUGAAGUCAUCAUAGCCAAAUACUGCUGGGAACCAAAUCCAAGAUGAAAAAUGCCAUUUUUAAUUUGAAAGUGUUUGCAGUAUUAAGUUAUUUACAUUUUUAGAUUUCACUUUUAUUAAUGGGAUUGUAUUUGGGUCAUAACCCUAAGAACAUAAUAUUCAAAUUGAGUUAUUGUUAAUAUAAGAAUUAAAUAUCCCAAAGCCGGCUUAUAGAUUUUUGACACAAAUAUGACUCCAUAUACAUCCAGCUGAAUAAACUCACCCGUUUCUCUGGAAGAAAUCCUAAAUUUCCUUUUUGUUUUAUUUUAUACUGUCACUUAAAACAUCCAUCAACACAAACCAGUCUGAAUUGUAAAAUUCAGUUUGUUGCAUGUACAGUGUAGUGUGCGAUCUAACAUGUUCACAUAAUCACAUCAGUCUUCGAGAGAUAUCUGCAUUCUGUGAUACCAAAAAGGCAGAAUUUCUAUCCUCUUCAUUGGGGUCCGCUUUACUGAAUUUUUGUUCCCUCUUUCAUAGGAUUUUAUUAUCAUCUAUACUCACGAGCAUCCCAUAAUGCUCCAGGGCUCUGUAUUCUCAACCCAAAAAUGCAGCUUGAAUACAGAGGUGUUUAUAUAAAUUAAGAUGAAAAGAAAUACUUUGAUGGCACACAAAUCCAGAUACUGUUUGGAUAUAUUUUUAUGUCUCCAUUUUGUGAAUAACUCAUGCAUCGUUUUGUUUUCAUUUGAUAUUAUGUUGCUUUGCUACUUCGGACAAUAUUUCUUAUUUUAUGCUACUGUUAUACGUGAAUUAGCCCAAGAAUGCUAUAUAUACAGUAUGUAGAUAUGCACCUUUACUCUUCCUUUUUUUAUUUGGACAGUAUACAUUUUAGCACAGCAUAAUGGAGUUCCUGUCAAACUUAAAGGUUAAAUCUGUGUAAUUAUUUUUAACUCAGACCAUCCAAACAAAGCCUGUAUCCAAGAUGGCUGCUGUCUUAAAGAAAGUGACAUGGAAAGUUUUUGCUGGCAUGUCCCUUUGGGCUUGUUUUUAGCUUUACAGUCACUAAGAGAGAAAACAUUUUAUCCCCAGAUCUAAACCAGUCUCAAUACAGCCAGAAAACUCCACGUAUUUUUUAACACUUUGUGAGUGUUUUUGUAUUUAUUACACAUGUAUGAAAUCAUGGAUGUUUUUGAGCUACUUCCUGUCAGACCACGGCAUAACAAUACAAAACAAACCCAUUUGGAUCAUCCAGAACGGCCCCUCCUCGACCCCCCCCCUGCUCAGUAUUACAGUCCAGGGGCUGAGCGCCAUUGAAGUGAUACACAGAACCUGCCUCAGUCGUGUCUUCUGAAGUCAUUGGAGUGAACUGACAGCACCGGCCAUGCAAGGCAAACACAAGGAUUGUUUUUGCACCCCUUCAAAAAAAGGCUUAACUCUACUUUUCACAUUGCCUGUCAAAUAUUAUCGAAGCUUCAUGUAAUGACGCUUUUUAGUUUUUGAAUAUAAAAGGAAAAGAGACAUGAAAAGAAAAAUGAACAAUUUGUAAAACAUAAAAUGUUUUAUUUGUUGCAUGUCUUUUUGUUCUUCAAUAAAAUAACGUACUGCAGUGUUUUGAAUGUUAACUUCUUUUUUAUAAGGAUUUCAGAGUGAAAUCGUGGAGCCUUUUUCUUGACAGGUUUUAACUUUUAAGAUCUCUGCGUAUGUAAAAAGGUAUCAAAUGAAAAACUAUUGUCUUUUUAAUUCCAACUCAAAACCUGUUUUCUGUGAAGAAAAAUAGCUGAAAGGUGUAGGUUUUAUGGUCUCUUAAUUUGUACUGGCAAUGCGUAUCCCAAAUAAAUAGUUUCUUUUGUUGCAUAAAUUGCA